CAUGUCCAGAAUGAGGAGAACUAUGCCCAGGCUCUGGAUAAGUUUGGCAGCAACUUCAUCAGCCGAGAAAACCCUGACCUGGGAACAGCUUUCGUCAAGUUCUCCACCCUGACCAAGGAGCUGUCGACCCUGCUCAAGAACCUGGUGAGAUACAUAAGACUGAUAGAUCAGUUGUUAUUGGCCGGUGAAUUCCACAAUGUUCACAAUGUAUUUAACAAAAAGGUGUCCUUUAAAUAAGGGUGUCUGUGUUUUUGUCUAUCUUGGGAUGGGCAUUACUUGGGCUUGUGUGACUUGUGUGUCUUCAAUAGAUGCGUCUGCAAUAGUUUAGAAUCCCGCUGAAUCAUCCACUCUUAUCAAGCUAUUUCUUCGAAGUAAAAUACCACCCUGACUAAAGCGUCAUUGCGAUCAUCCCAAUAUGGCUGACUGCUGCUGGAUAUAACUUUUAGCUUGUCUGCUCUUAUCUCUCCGCCAUAGAUUCCCCUGACGUUUCUGUUGAAAAAUGAGUCUUGUUGGAAUUCUGUGUGUGUGAGUGAUUGUUGUUGGAAGAAGCGGCUGUCCCUUGCUCUCUUCCUGUGUGUCUGGCAGUGAGAUUAGACUCCAUAAAUACACUGAGCCGCUGCAGACUACUGUGUGUGAGCUCCCCUGGAACCCUCUUAAUAAAUCAGUCACUUGUUGGCACUGCCUGGGGAGGUUGUAUACAUAUUGCAUGUAAUAGUGGUGAAAGGACAAGCAACUCUCGACAUCCCUUAUAGCGAUGCAAAGUAAAACAUAUUGUUCUCUCUCCCUUCCUCUCUCUGUCUCUCGCUUUAUCAUACAGACACACUUAAGUGGAUGAGAUAUUUCUAAGACAUACAUUUGCCUUUAUAUGUUCUCGUGUAUCACCCAUUUAGUGUAUGUGUGUGGUCUGUGUAGGUCUAAAUUCUUGGAUCAAUCACCUAGAACACUGGCAAGCAAGGCUACCAACAUGCAUGACCAAGCACAGAUGCCCACUGAUCUAUUUUCAGACACAGUUGUCAUUUGAGUGUUUAUUAAAUAUAUCCUCCGGUUUCCAUAACUGCUCCCCAAGGGCUGAUGGUCAGUGUGCACUACUAUUGGUCAGAGUAUUGAUGUUAAUAACUCCCUCACAGGAACCUGUCAUGGAAUGAUACAUUAUCAUUGGUUAUCUACAGAGGUUAAAGAUCAUUGGAGCAGCCAGCAGUUGACGUUGCUAUUAGUCUGACGGCCAUUUUGCUCUCUCUCUCACUCUCUCUCUCUCUCUCUCUCUCUCUCUCUCUCUCUCUCUCUCUCUCUCUCUCUCUCUCUCGCUCUCUCUCGUUUAUGGAGUGAACUCUUCAUAUGCUGGCAUUAGUUUGUGGUAUUUACCACACUUAAAUAAGGCGCCUCUCUCUGGAGUGCAGUGUGAGAGGAAGGAGACCACCCUGUUGGUCUGCAAAAGUAGUGAGUAGUAGCCAGACAGACCAAGGCCAGCUCUAAUAUUGGAGCAGCAGCCAGUAAGUAGGUGAUUGAUUUGGACAUAGGGCCUUUGCAACAGAGGCACUUAAGUGGACAUUAUAAAGUGAUGUUUGUUUCCAUGACCGGAGCCAUGGAUCUCAAUGGGACUUGGCCCUGGCCAUCACAGACCCAAAUGGAAUAAAUGCUCAGGAAUAAUUACCGGCAUUAAUCUAUGUGGUUAGAGUAAGCAAAUUACUUUAGCUGAUUCCUAAGUAGCUAAUAGCUUAGCACAUUUUAAGAGUAAAAAAUGCUUUCAGUGGCUCCUAAAUAGCCAAGGUUGAGUUCACCCUUAGACUGAAGAUAAAACUGUGAAGGUUUCUUGGGUCCGUCAGUAAGUGGUGAUGUACUACAGCUGAAAGCUGAAGCAGUAGCUGCUUGACUCUUGCCCUGGUGACCAAGUCACUGUAUAACUCUCUCUCUCUCAAUCUAUUCAGCUCCAGAGCCUGAGCCAUAAUGUGAUCUUCACCCUGGACUCGCUGCUGAAGGGGGACCUGAAAGGCGUGAAAGGGGUAAGAUUUACAGUAACCUCGUCUUCUCUCUCCCUCGUUUCCUCACUCCCUCUCUCUCUGCCUGACCCCCUAGGGGAGGAGACGAGUGAGCCCACUCAGCAGAUCUGUCCAUUCAUCUGUGUCUGUGUGUGUGUGUGUGUGUGUGUGUGUGUGUGUUUUAGAGAGUGAGAGAGGGAGAAAGAUAGAGAAAUGGAGAGGGGGAGGGGGCACCAGUGGGCCUGACUGUUUAAAAGGUGACACUGUAAAUCUUUGUGGAGUAAACAGUGUCCUUGUGUUGUGCCUGAAGGCGAGUGCCACGAAUAAACGGGUCAUGAACCCGUGAGGUUGGAAACAUUGGAAACAUGGAGUGGGCGUGGUAGUGGGCUCCAGAACAUAAAUUGUGAGCCUGAGGCCUUGGCCAGCCAAAUGGCCGCGGUCACCGUAAUAACAGCAAUAACCAUUCUAAUAUUUAAGACGCACAUUUUCUCCUCUCCUCCUCUCCUGACUGCAUGUGCUGCCAUAGAAAUAGAAUGAGAAUAGAAUGGGCGUCUCCAUUCAAGUCAAUGAUGGCAUAACGAGUGGACUGGCGGCCAUUGCGAGUGUACGCAUAGAAGCAAAGCAAGAUAAAACAGGAAGUGUACCCAUCAAUAGACAGGGAGCUGACAACAUCACAAAAACAAUGCACGCGGGUUGAUGGGGCAGAGGGCCGUGUGUUGUUAUGAUUCUGGACGGUCAGAUAGCUAGCAACAAUGUCAAGAAGCUGCCAUGUGGGGAAUCGUAGGUGACUCGUUUCAGCUCGUUUUAUUUUGUUAUUGAUACCAUGUCUUGUUUUAAGGUGUUUUGACUCUUGUCACGUCUAUGCUAAUAUGGCAAAAAUUCGCAAGCUAGCUAACCAACAACUGUAACGAUGUAUUUGAGACACAACAAGUGGUCAUUGUGCAAAUCUAUUUAUGUUUUCAAUAAAGAUUUGGAGAGGAAUGAUAGUUUACAUGAACAACAAUCCUUUGAUUCUAAACCAACCCCGUCUGUUUUGCUUCACAUUACAAAAAAUACAUUCCAUUGCAUGAGCCACAUCAGUUAACAUAAUUUGAAUGAACAUUUUACAUUACAAUGGAAAUUAUUGUAUCACAAUACCAGGCGGCCAUUGCGAGUGUACCCAGUCAAAUUGCCAGGGUUAGAGGUUCACACACCUUGCUUCUUUCAGCAAGGAGCAACAAAGUUUCAUCACGUUGUUAAGAGUCCAUGUCAAUGCCCGGCCGUCCCAUAUUCUGUCAGCUGUUCGUUCCACACACACAAAAAAAAGACAGUUAUGAUGGUUAUUUUAUUUUCAUGACGGUCUUCAUUCCUAACCGUUAAUGCUGAGUGAUUAACUGAAAUGUCGGUUAUUUUUAUUUUUUUAACCAACUCAUUGACCGACGUCGGUUCAAUUAUUUGAAUUCUAUUUUGUUCUGUUUUUUCUCCUGUGAGCUCAACGCGCACAUUGCAGUUUCUCUAGAGAUAAAUCAGAUCAUGCCCGAACUGUGCGAUGUAGUAGAGAGUUGUAGUUUCCAACAGGCCAAUGUUCUAUAUAAUUAUCAAGUUUUCUGCUCUAAUCUAACUACAAUGACCAUAAUCCAUUGCGUGGCUAAACUUGUCCGGUCUGUGUUUCUUUUACGGCUGCUACGUAAGAGAUGGAAGAAUGCGCUAUCAAGAGGGGAUAUAUAGAGAGCAGUUUCUUCGUGAGGUAUCUGUACCUGAAAAUACAUGAUCUAAGUGAUUGAUAGUUGGUAUUCAGCAGUCAUAAAAGUAUGCCUUAUUUACUUUGAAGAACUACAAAAAUAGUGAUUUUGUCAGACAGCAUAGGCAGCAGCUCUAUAGAGAUGAGAUGAUGACUUGGAAUUAAAUAAUAAUGUCAUCAAAUAAAACAAAUGUAAUAUACACAACAACUGAAAUAUUUUAUUAAAGUAAGGUAAUGUGAAUAACUGAUGGUUAGUAAGUGAUAAGCAGUCAUGGGCAGUCACUACCAUCAUGGGACUUUUAUUAAUUGUUUUAUUCUGUGUUGAUGAAUUGCCAGAAUAGCCAGUAAAGUUUUUCAAUGGGAUCUAUCCAUAGCGGGAGCCUGGGCAACUGAAAUGUCUGACCUUUUCCAACAGUCUGACUGUGAACAUCUGUACGAAAACCAAAUUAAGGGAGUCAUAGAUAUUAUGUUUUUUUAAAUGGGUGGAGGAGAUUAAUCAUAAACCCAAAUUGAAAACCUUUUGUUUGAUUAAGGGUGAAUUCGUUAUGUACAACCUACCUAAAAGCAAGAGAUCACUAUGUGCACAAGUAAGAUCAGGGAUAUUGCCCCUGCGUAUUGAAACAGGUUGUUAUUGUGGUGAAAUGGAAGAGGAAAGACUAUGUAACUAUUGUGACCUCGAAGAAAUAGAGAAUGAAACUCAUUUUAUCCUCUGUUGCCCUUUCUUCCACGAUAUACGCUUGCUCUUAUUCCAGAAAGCCCACCAGAUAUACCCUGGCAUUAUGUGGCUGAGCCAUGAGGAGAAACUGAAAUGGUUUUCUGUCCGUUGUGUAUUUCCGUUUGCGGAAUAUUUAGAUAAAGCCUGGAAUAAAAGAAAAAGGGCUACCUAUAAUUAAAUUAUGAAAAUAUUUAGCGUCUAUGUGGUAAAUGGCACGUGUGUAUAUAGAUUGUGAGUAGGCCUGUCUCCCACAUGAAUCCUCCCUUUGUGCUAGACUGGGUUCAAAUGCCUUCUGUUUAAUUUUUCUGUAUUUAUUUGUCUAUAUGUAUGUAUGUAUAUUUUUAUACUGCUCUAGGGAUAUCAUUAUUGUUUGGAUAACCUUAUUUACUAUUAUAUAUUGAUUUCAAUUUAAUUUUUUUGUGUUCUUUUAUUUUUUAUUUUUUUCACUCUUUAUGCGAUGCGCACUGCAGAGAACACCGGAAGAAUAAUUAUCACUGAAUAAUCACAGUGAAUUAUUGUAAUGUUUGUUUAUGUAUCAAUUAAUCCCAUAAGGGAUGGGUUACCAACUGGCGAUUUCACACGAACCGAAACCGAACUGACCUCAAAAAGCACUAACCGUCGGUUAUGCGAUUAUACGGUAAUUUUGCCAGCCAUAUGUGGGGCUGUGUUGGAGAGAGAGAAUGCUCAGAGUCAACACUGUACUGUGAGAUUCCAGAUUGACCUGUUUGCUGCUGAUUACUGAUACUUUGUUCUCCCCUUUCUGUCAGGAUAUAAAGAAGCCCUUUGACAAAGCCUGGAAGGAUUAUGAAGCUAAGUUGUAAGUGUGUUAAUAAAUGUGUGCAUGUACAUAGCUGUGUUGGGACACUUGAGGUUUGCACUAUACAGUGCCUUCUCCACAUCUUGUUAGGUUAAAGCCUUAUUCUAAAAUUGAUUAAAAUGUUUUUUCCCUCAUCAAUCUACCCACAAUACCCCAUAAUGACAAAGCAAAAACAGGUUUUUAUAAAUGUUUGCUAAUUUCAGACCCUUUACUCAGUACUUUGUUGAAGCACCUUUGGUAGCGAUUACAGCCUCAAGUCUUCUUGGGUAUGACGCUACAAGCUUGGCACACCUGUAUUCGGGGAGUUUCUCCCAUUCUUCUCUGCAGAUCCUCUCAAGCUCUGUCAGGUUGGAUGGAGAGCAUCGCUGCACAGCUAUUUUCAGGCCUCUCCAGAGAUGUUCGAUCGGGUUCAAGUCCGGCUCUGGCUGGGACACUCAAGGACAUUCAGAGAUUUGUCCCGAAGCCACUCCUGCGUUGUCUUGGCUGUGUGCUUAGGGUCGUUGUCCUGUUGGAAGGUGAACCUUCGCCCCCAGUCUGAGGUCCUGAGCGCUCUGGAGCAGGUUUUCAUCAAGGAUCUCUCUGUACUUUGCUCCGUUCAUCUUUGCCUCGAUCCUGACUAGUCUCCCAGUCCCUGCCGCUGAAAAACAUCCCCACAGCAUGAUGUUGCCACCAUGCUUCACCGUGGGGAUGGUGGCAGGUUUCCUCCAGACGUGACGCUUGGCAUUCAGACCAAAGAGUUCAAUCUUGGUUUCAUCAGCCCAGAGAAUCUUGUUUAUCAUGGUCUGAGAGUCUUUAGGUGCCUUUUGGCAAACUCCAAGCGGGCUGUCAUGUGCCUUUUACUGAGGAGUGGCUUCCGUCUGGCCACUCUACCAUAAAGGCCUGAUUGGUGGAGUGCUGCAGAGAUGGUUGUCCUUCUGGACGGUUCUCCCAUCUCCACAGAGAAACUCUAGAGCUUUGUCAGAGUGACCAUCAAGUUCUUGGUCACCUCCCUGACCAAGGCCCUUCUCCCCCGAUUGCUCAGUUUGGCCGGGCGGCCAGCUCUAGGAAGAGUCUUGGUGGUUCCAAACUUCUUCCAUUUAAGAAUGAUGGAGGCCACUGUGUUCUUGGGGACCUUCAAUGCUGCAGAAAUGUUUUGGUACCCUUCCCCAGAUCUGUGCCUUGACACAAUCUUGUCUCAGAGCUCUAUGGACAAUUCCUUCAACCUCAUGGCUUGGUUUUUGCUCUGACAUGCUCUGUAAACUGUGGGACCUUAUAUAGACAGGUGUGUGCCUUUCCAAAUCAUGUCCAAUCAAUUGAAUUUACAACAGGUGGACUCCAAUCAAGUUGUAGAAACAUCUCAAGGAUGAUCAAUGGCAACAGGAUGCACCUGAGCUCAAUUUCGAGUUUCAUAGCAAAGGGUCUGAAUACUUAUGUAAAUAAGGUAUUCUGUAAUUUUUUUAAAAUUUGCAUACAUUUCUAAAAACCUGUUUUCACUUUGUUAUUAUGGGGUAUUGUGUGUAGAUUGCUGAGGAUUUGUAUUUAUUUAAUCAAUGUUAGAAUAAGGCUGUAACGUAACAAAAUGUGGAAAAGUCAAGGAGUCUGAAUAUUUUCCGAAGGCACUGUAUAUGGUUAUGUCUGCUUGUGUGAUACAUACAGUUGUUUUUGGUGUCAUUAAAAUAUCAGAACUGAUGUACUAUAUAUUACAACAAUAAUUUAAGUGGAAUGUUCCGCCCUGUGAAAGCUCUCUUUAAUGCUGAGAAUUCCAUCUGAUUUAAAUGUGAGGUCAUGGAUUUAUUUAACAGUGUCUGUCUUUAACACUGGUUGUCUGUCUGUCUGUCUGUCUUCCUUCCUUCCUUCCUUCCUUCCUUCCUUCCUUCCUUCCUUCCUUCCUUCCUUCCUUCCUUCCUUCCUUCCUUCCUUCCUUCCUUCCUUCCUUCCUUCCUUCCUUCUUGCCUGUCUUGUCUGGUUUCACUAACACUGUCUGUCUGUCUGUCUGAUUUCAGUACAAAGAUCGAGAAGGAGAAGAGGGAACAUGCCAAGCAGCACGGGAUGAUUCGUACGGAGAUAACAGGCGCUGAGAUUGCUGAGGAGAUGGAGAAGGAACGCCGUCUCUUCCAACUCCAGAUGUGUGAGGUUAGAAGUGGGCAUUGGGCACAGACUAGUGGGCACUGAUUGGGCACUGACAGGGCCCUGCCACCCCAGGCCAAACCUAAGAGGACAAAAUAAAAUGGGCAUACGUGCCAACCUCUGUUCUAUAAAUGAUGAUGCUAUAAACUAGUUGCACAUAUCCCCAAAAUGACACAAAAAACUAUAUCAUAUUGUAUUUCUAUGCUUCAAUCCUCCAUAUAAAAGGCAGAGCAAAAUAACAAACUGUUAGAGCGAUGCACUCAGCUGUGCCAACGAGCUGCCUCCCGGUGGGUGUAAACGCCUACUCCUCUCUCCCUCUUUAUCUGCAGAUUAUUUGCUCACUUGGCAUAACGGUACUGACAAUUUACAUAUUAACUUAGUGCUUCACUGUGGGAUUCUAAUUGGAGCAGUUAUGGAGUAGCUCAACCCAUCAACCUCUAUUUCUGUGUACAGCGAAAGGGGGGUGUUUUGUUUCUCUUGGGUUUUUAGGGUGAUCUCAUUCACUGUGUUGUUGUUAUUGUGGAUUGUUGAUAUUGCUUCCAGUGUAGUGCUAGAGUGGCCCAGAGUUUAUAACCUCAAGUUUUUCCUGCUCAAGUCAUAUUGUCAGGAAGAAUAGCCGACCCUAUAAGCAUGACUGACGUAAAAUGUAUGCAUGCAUGACUAAGUCGCUUUGGAUAAAAGUGUCUGCUAAAUGGCAUAUAUUAUUAUAAUUAUAUAUUGAUAACAUUGCUAGCAUUGUGUGGACACAAGCCCAAUAACACACAGGCACCAACAGGCAUUCACAACACACACUAAACCCACCCCACAGCACAGACAGCACAGACAAAAAGUGGAUGAUCUCUGAGUCGCACACACUCAGACAGACAAAAGCAAUAUACGUGUGACUGUGUGUUUGGUUUCAGGGGAGCACACACAUGCGCGCACACACACACACACACACACACACAUACACAGAGGAUCACAUGGUAAGCAAUGCAGCAGAGAAGCUUUGGGGGACAGGAGGUGCCUCAGAAGGGCUUUCUGGAAUAGAUUAAAUGUCCUCUGUGUGCGGAGCUGAAAAUGGUCCUUAGCAGUGAUUCUUCACAAGCUGUUCUAGAUUGGCACGCCAUGGGAUAAACUCAGAUUAAGAUGAUGUUUUAUUCAUUUGUUCGCUGGGCAUGAAUUUGUCAGAGGAGUUUGCUAAUUUGGAGGGCGGAGUGGUUUCUGAAAAAUAAAUGAAAAACACAAUUCUAGUUAUCCCUUUCAAACACAGUUUACAAUUUACUAAUGAUAUUCUACAGAUGUAGGAUCUUAAUUUGAUCACUCUUUUGUUGCUGAGAAUGUUCCUGCACAGCAGGAAAUGCAAACUUGUAGUGUAUUCGAGGUUUAAAAAGGCUUCUAAAAAAAUGUCCCACUUUAAAAUGUCAGACUUGAUUUGCCCUAACGAAGAAAGUAUCAACCCCUACAAAAAAUGUCCAUUAAUUAUAAUCCACAUAAUAAUUCACAUUUCCUGUUGCUGCAGGAUUAUUUUCAAACUGGCUCAAAUUAAGAUCCUACAUCUGUAUAUUGGCAUUCUUUUCAGUGACGUUUAGACGUUAGUUUUUUCGGCUCCCACAGACUCCAUGCUGUGUUGGUAUCAUGAAUCAGAGGCUCAGAACCUCUAUCGUAUGGGCAUUCUGAUAGGAUUAUUAUAAGUGUUCAGAAGACAUAUUUGACACAAACAAAUAGUGUUUUAUUGUGGUUUAAUGCAGGGGUGGACAAUUCUUCCAGCAGAGGGUUGGUGUGGGUGGGUGCAGACUUUUGUUAAGGCAUAGCAGUAACAUGACGAUUUACUGGUUCAUAAAUGAUAUCCUUCAAAUAAAUGAUAGAUUUCAAAUAAAACCUUGAUUAGUAUAAUCACAUGUAUUUCUGCUUGGCUCGAACAAAAGCCUUGCCCACACUCAGCCUUCAGUGAUUGUCUACCCCUGGUUUAAUGUAUCACCACUAUGUAUAAGCGUGGUAAUACUCCAUAUUGCAUUUCCAAAAUCAUGUAACAGAGUAUUCUAUUUGAUGUCAGUUUUCACAGACCACCACUUGUUUUCUCUACAGUACCUGAUCAAAGUCAACGAGAUCAAGACCAAGAAGGGAGUGGACCUUCUCCAGAACCUCAUCAAGUAUUACCACGCACAAUGCAAGUAAGUAAACAGUACAGAACCUCAUCAAGUAUUACCACACACAAUGCAAGUAAAUAAACAGCACCGCAGUAUCUCCCUCAUUUACCAUAGUGUGAGAGUCCCCCAAACACAUCUACUGAGAUGUGUCUAAUUGGUGGCAAACACACUUUUUCGGAGGGAAUUAUGUCACUGUGUACUCUCACGACUAGCUAUAUAUGUCUCGCCAUGAUUGUUCUUUGCUCUCUCUCGCUUUCCCUCUCUUUCUUUCAUUCUCUCUCCCUGUGUCUUCAUCUCGCUCCCUCUCAACCCCCCUCCCUCCAUCCCUCUCUCUUGAAUGGGGUGAUGGUGAUGCAUGAUUCACCAGUCUUGGGUAGGGAGGGUUGCAAAGUAAUUUCUAGCUCUCAUAAAUAUGCAUGACCCUUCAUGACGAUGCGGUGUGACAGCCGUGGGGGUUUGUGGGUAAAUAAUGGGCGCCCCCUGUGCCAGGGCUUGAGCCCAACGCUGUGUCACCGACAGCCCUGACAGCCUCAGUUUUGCUAUUUGGUUGUGUCAUAACAUUGGGGAAACAAAACAAUGCAGUUUUCUGGUUAUCUACUCAACCCAAGACUAUGACUAUCACAGUGUAGAGACAUGCCUUAUAGAACAUUGGGAGUUUCAGUAGAAUGAGUGGGCUGAGGGAGCUGAUGGAUACCUGGAGGGUAGGAGAGAGACGGAGAGAGAGGGGGUAGAGAGAGAGAGAGGGGGAUAGAAGGGUUGUUAGUGGAGAUGAGAGGAUGCUGCAUUCAGGUAGAUGCCACUGGCACUGGCAGAUCCAUAAUGGAUGACAGGAUGUGCUUAGCAUUCCACUCUGGACACAGCCAGAGAGAGACAGGAGAGAGAGAGAUCUCUAUGCCAAAAGCCAGAGGGCCAAGCAGGGCUAUACAUUAUACAUAUCCCACUGCAUCAGUCUCAUUCUCAGUCACCCCUCUAUUCAUUUUGACCUUCCUCAUGGCCAUAUAAGUCUAGGACACUUGACAUUUCUAAAUGAUGUAAAAGAUGCUAUGCUCCACCAAAUGACUGCCCUUCGUUUCACUUUCAUUGGAAUUAAAAUGAAAAUCUCAAUGGAAUUCUAAUAUCUGUGCUGUAUUCUCUUGCAGCUUCUUCCAAGAUGGCUUGAAGACGGCGGAUAAACUGAAGCAGUACAUUGAGAAGCUGGCUGCUGACCUCUACAAUGUAAAUACUCACCCACAGGCUUCUCUCUAUCUGAUUACUGCUACUCUGCAGUCUGACAUGUUAUCUAGACUGAUUGAGUGAGUGAGUGAGUGAGUGAGGGUGUGUGUGUGUGUGUGUGUGUUUGUGUGUGUGCGCAUGCAUUCCUGUGUGUGUUUGUUUGUUUGUCUCUCUUAUCUCACCCUGUGUAUGUUCUCAGAUAAAGCAGACCCAGGAUGAGGAGAAAAAACAGCUGACUGCUCUUAGAGACCUGAUCAAGUCCUCCCUUCAGCUGGACCAGAAGGAGGUAGGCAGAAACAGAACAAUCUAGUCCAAAUUGGGCCAAACAGGGCCAAGUGGGCCCAAGCAGACCAGAGUUGACAAACAUAUAAGUGGCAUUCCAAUUCUCUACCCUUCUCCUGAAGUGUGCACUUGUACGCUCCCCCUAAUGGAUUGAAAUGGAAUAAACUGGUGUUAGGAAAAUAGUGGAAACUCCCUCCAGCCAUGCGUGCACCAAAUCAAUGUUUGGUAGAAAAUCUGACCGCAGCAGUAGACUCACACCUAACCUUUGACCCUAUGGCAGGUGUAGCUACUAGCUAGUCUCCUGUAGUGCAGAGUGAGGCCUUGGCUGGUAACUACCCUCUGUAGCGCAUUAUGGUCGGAUGCCGAGCAGUUGCCAUACCAGGCGGUGAAGCAACCGGUCAGGAUGCUCUCGAUGGUGCAGCUGUAGAACUUUUUGAGGAUCUGGGGACCCAUGCCAAAUCUUUUCAGUCUCCUGAGGGGGAAAAGGUGUUGUCGUGCCCUCUUCACGACUGUCUUGGUGUGUUUGGACCAUGAUAGUUUGUUGGUGAUGUGGACCAACACUGCCUGAAUUUUCAGCCUUUUUUGGAGGGAUGGAGUUUUGGCCUACCUGGUUUCAAACCUCCCUGUCAAUAACAGCUAGUUUUCCGUUUUCCCCUCCCCACUCAGACCACUCCCAGACAGUCCUAGCAAAAUUCUUGCUUGAGAAAUUGCUCUUUGCUAAGAAGCUAUUUUUGUUUCUUUUUGACCAUUUUAAUUGAAAACAAUCACAGUAAGGUACUUAAUUGUUACCCAGAAAUGUUUGAUAUUGAGAUAAAAAAGGCUUUCUGAGCACUCACUGGUCACAACUGCCGCAUACAUCAAUGUGGUUUCUCACUCAGUCUCACACUCACUUUUAGUGAAUGCUAGCUGCUAACUGUGUUUUGCGUGUUGCUACUGUAUAAUAGUGAGAUGGACUGGCCUGCCGUAUCAACACAGCUACAACUAUCUGGCUGCGUCCCAAAUGGCAUGCUAUUCCUUACAUAGGGCACUACUUUUGACCAGAGCCCUGAGCCCUAUGGGCAAAAGUAGUGCACUAUAUAGGGAACAGGCUGCCAUUUGGGACAGAACCUAUGAUUCACACUAAACAUCCUCUGGUUUAGAACACCCACACACAAAUGCUGUCACUCACUCACGCACUAACUCACUCACUCGUAUUAACCGUGCAACACUAACACCUACACUCUAUGCAUGCAGGCACUCUCACUCACAACUUUACCGGAGCGGCUUCUUUCACACGCUCUCUCUCUAUUUCCCUCUCUACUCGCUGCUUGUCUGGACUCAAGUCUAGAAGAGUAAGUGUUAGCAUGCUUCUGACAGAUUUUGAAGAGCAUGCCCUCCACUGUGUUUUUUACAUUAGAAACUUGCUGUGUUUUUCAUCUGAUAGUGUGUUGGAACAUGUGUGCCUCCCAAAUGGCUCCCUACUCUCUAUAUAUUGUACUUCUUUUGAUCAGAGCCCUUGUGUAAAGUAGUGGCAUAAAUGGAGAGUUGGGUGCCAUUUGGGAUGUACACCAUGAUCCUUUGAACAUCAAGUGCGACCCAAGAAAUAAGAAAGGCCAUGUGGGUCACAAACACACACACACACACGACCCUGGCCUGCACUCUCUGUAAGAGGUAUAUUUGGUUGGUUAUGUGUGGUGAGUUGCUGUGUUUUCUGUGUCUAAACACUGUGUGUGUGUUGCUACAGGACUCCCAGAGUAAGCAGGGGGGUUACAGUAUGCACCAGUUGCAGGGCAACAAAGAGUUUGGCUGUGAGAAGAAAGGCUACCUGAUGAAGAAGAGUGAUGGGUAGGUCACACACACACACAUACACUGAACAGUACUGAACAUACACAGACAUGAAGAGGCUUUUUCUGAUCUUUCGUUGUGACUUGGUGUUGUUGUCUUCCUGCAGGCUGAGGAAGGUGUGGCAGAGGAGGAAGUGUUCAGUGAAGGGUGGCAUGCUCACUAUCUCUCAUGCUACGGUGAGUGGCAAACACAAACACACACACACACACGUUAUGUUCUUCUAUCCUCGUGGGGACCUACAAUUUUCCUUAACACCUAACCCAAACCCUAAACCUAAUUAUAACCCUAACCCUAAACCUAACUCCUAAGCUUAAAAUAGCCUUUGACCUCAUAGGGAUGUGGGAAAUGUCCCCACGAGGGAGAAUUUUCUUUGUUUUACUAUCCUUGUGGGGACCUUUGGGGAUUGUAGGUCCCCACAAGGGUAGCAGAACCAACCCACACACACAUACACACAAACACAUUUGAGCACCCUUACACAUUCCUGUCGAGGUUAGAUCAAAGCCAACAUCCAGUAGGAAGGAACCUGUGUAGGGCACUAUCAAUCUGGCAGUUGGCAGAGAGGAAUCAACAUGGGUGGGUUACCAAGGCAACCCCUUAGCCCCCCCCUGUGCACUGUGCUGCUGAGAGCUAGUACAAUAAGCAAGGCUGUGAUAGAUACACAGACACAUACAUGCACACAAGAGUGUGUGAGAGAGCACACACACACACACACUAGCUUGCCCCUGUUUUUCUUAUUGCAACUCUAGAUUGUGGUGAACUCCCCCAAAUGUGACUAAUCGAUCCUCAUUUCCACACAUAUUUCCACCCUCCGUUCCGCUCCAUGUUUAUUACCCAUCAGCUCCUGUGCCAGCCUGGCAGCCUCACCACAGGGCUCAUCACAGCCCGUUAACGUUUUGUUAACACCUCUCACCAUCCCCACUGCCCGCAUGCCCGGGCACAGUCACAUUGCAGUGCCCAGUCUACACACGUGCCAACUGGGCACACUGGUAUUAUCAUAUUAUUACAGUGGGUAUUGUAACUGAAGCCAAGCCAAAGUGGUGAUGCCUGGACCACAGACAGAUACAGUACUGAGGGAAUACCUGGGAUUCUCCCUAGGCUAGCUACAUACACUGUUAAGUCUAGUGUUCAGGCUGCGUCCCAAAUCGCACUCUAUUCCCUAUGUGGAACACCUUCCCCUUUUGCCCUCAGAACUGGCUGAAUUCGUCGGGGCAUGGACCCUACAAGGUGUCGAAAGUGAUUUCUUUAUUCAGUCUAGACUAAAGGACAUUACCCACAAUGCCUUACAUCAACAGAUUAAUUGACCUGUUACUUUACCACCCCAGCCCAUCAUUUACCAGACGCUUUUAUCCAGAGCGACUUACAGUAGUGAGUGCAUACAUUUUCAUAUUUGUUCGUACUGGUCCCCCUUGGGAAUCGAACCCACAACUCUGCGUUGCAAGUGCCAUGCUCUACCAGCUGAGCCACACGGGACCAUCCAGAGUCAGGUAGGCUUGUAGCGUUAGUUUCAUAGGACCAAUACUGGUUGAUGUACAGACUCAUUUUCAGAAUUUCUAUCAAAUAGCUAAGUCGUCUGUCUCUGUGUGUUUGUGCAGUCCAACAGGCAGCCUGUGAAACUUAACCUGCUCACCUGCCAAGUCAAGCCCUGCGCUGAGGACAGGAAGUGCUUCGACCUCAUUUCCCGUAAGUACCUCUUCCUGUAACCCCCCACACCAACACAGUAGUUACCAUGGGUGUGAGAUGGGCUGUGAGAGAUGGGGCCUUAUAUUACCUUAUAUGGGCAUUCAGAAACAGGAAGCGUCGAAGAGAUCAUUUUGUGCCACAGGCCGCCAGUAGCUCUUUGACACAAACUCUAUUUUCUGGCUUCCUGUUAGAAUGGUGUCAUGACAAUGCCUGAAACACGCUGUGCUUGUGAAUUACCCAACAUGCAUCUCAACAGGGGUAUAUUAUAUUACAUGAUUACACAGUGUCUGCUGGGUCUGAGAGAUCACAUUCCCGUCUAAUCUUCUCUCUGGCCACAGAUAACCGGACAUAUCACUUCCAGGCUGAGGAUGAACAGGAGUUUGUCAUGUAAGUGUAUCAUCACAAUCACCACAUUAUAAACAUCCAACUACUAUUAGUAUCCAACUCCAAAGGCAGGUACAAAGUAAGAUAGGACUGUGAUGGAAUUUUGGGUGACGGUUAUUUGUCAGCCAAGUCACACAGUCACCGUUAUAAUCGUUUGAAUAGAAAAACAUUUUUACAAAUAAGGACGCACAUUUUCUCCUCUCCUCUGCUCCUGACUGCAUGUGCUGCUGCUGGGAGGGAUUGCAUACGGGGGGGUUAUACAAUUACCGUGCCAGCCCUAAAGUAAUGCACGCUGAAGCAAUGAACCUUGCCCUGAUAAUGUAUGAGUGUGAAAGACAAGAUCAGUGAGGUUUAACAAAGAAAGACACCGUUUUCUUUAAUGAAAAACGUUUAGAGGUUUUGUCUAGUGUUCAUGCUCCAUUGACAAGGGUAUUUUUAUCCCUAAGAGAGAGAGGACUGCUAGGUGCUAGCAGCGGUAAGGGUAUCCACCUGUAUCUGUGGGAUCUGUAGUUGUUAUUCAGGUCACUGUAACCCAGGGAUGGGCAACUGGCGUUGGCCCGCUGAUAAAUACAAUUGUAGUAGAAUACACAAGAUGCAAUUUCGAAAUUUGGUUGUGGAUCAGCAGUAUUUAUAUUGUUAUGUCGGUCACUGACACCUACUCAAUUAGCCCAUGUCAGCAAAAAAGGUUGGUAAAUUAGUCUAACGGACAGCUAUCUAAACUUGUAGUAAUCAUGGUCGAAUUACCGACCGUGGGCCCCCAUUGAUUUUGUUAGUCACUCUCACUCAGAUAUCAUAUUAAAAACUGCAAACAUUACUCUCCACCCUAUGUCAAAAUGUGUAGAAUUGUAGGAAAUAAGCUGUAAAACUGCUAAUGAGUAGAUGAGUAGAAUUGCAUUAAAUGAGUUAUAAAACUGCAACAUUUUCUCUGCACCCUAUGGCAAAAUGUGUAGAACUGCAGGAAAUUAAUACUACAACUUUUUUCUCCGCUGUCAAGAGGGGGGGCAGCUAAACGCAAAAAUGAAACUUAAGAACGGGAAGCAUAGAAAUAGCGCACUUAGAACAGAUCUACCACUUCUUAGACUUGCUUUCAAUGAGAAUGACAGAUCUAUAACUCACAUUUCCAUGAGAAUUUGGUCAGGUAGCCCAAAAAGUUACAUAUUGCAACUUUCAUUAUACUGAGACACAAUCGGCCUUGCUUUAGGAUACAUCCCAAAUGGCACCAUAUUCCCUAUGUAGUGCACUACACUCUUAGAAAAAAGGGUUCCAAAAGGGUUCUUUGGGGAGGGAUAGGGUUCUACCAAGAACUGUUUUGAUCAGAAGAACCCUUUUUGGAAGACAAGGGUUCUUUUUUUAUUUAUUAUUUUUUAUAUAUUUUUUUUGGGGGGGGGUAGAUCAGCUUAAUAUUGCAGAUAGAUUGUAACUUCCAUCAAUGUAAUUGUCUGCAUCACUUCCCCCAUGUUUUUUAUAUAUAUACUCCCCUUUAUUACUUUUCAACCCCGCCAUCCUUUCCCUACUUGGGGUAAAUUAGUGAACAACAAUGCUUAGGCCUCUACUUCCAGCUUAUACGUACUAUCUACGGACAAGAGUUCUUUGUAAGGCAAAGGGUUCUACCUAGAACCUUUAACAUCCUAAGAACAGUUUUUGGAAGAAAGGGUUCUUUGAUGAUUCUUUGGAAGGCAAGAAGGGUUCUACAUAGAACGAUAUAUAAUAUUUCCCAGCAUGCUCUAUUGCAGGGAGAUUUUCAGAAUUGUUUGUUUUACUGUAAUAUCUGUGUUUUUGCAUGUACAUUGCUUGGUUGAUUAAUUGUAUGCUACACAAAUAUAAAUAACAGACAGUAAUUGGAUUUAUUGCACCUGUUACUGAGAUGGUUGUUCCAGUUUAGAUGAUUGAGGUAGUCUCAGUAUUCACUCUUCCCUACCCUGACAGUCAUUCUGAAUGUAGGUUGUAGGUGAUUAACAAUUCCACUUGUUGGAUAUCCUAACUCUGGCUGGAUUCCAAUAGAAUUACACAUCACUUUGCAAGCCAGCAUAAUGUGACUUGCAGGCCUGAUGUGUCUUGUAAACCCGAAAAUUCCUAACACCACUGUGUUAGGGUAUAAUUAGGCCCUCAAAUAAAGGCUUUAUGAUAUAUGUAAUGUAUUGUCAUAAAUAAUAACAUUUUAAAGGCUAAUAAGGCUGGUGGAACCGUUCAUAGACGGUUCUAGGAAGAACCCUCCAAAGAUAAAAUGGUUCUCGGUAGAAACUUUUACAGACGAUUCUGGGAAUAACCUUUAGCUGGUAAAAUGGUUCUUGGUAGAACCCUUCAUAGAGGGUUCUAGGUAGAACCAUAUACAGGGGGUUAUUUGAAGAACCCUACUGCAAAGGGUUCUACCCAGCACCAACAAGGGUUACCCUAUGGGGAAAAACCAAAGAAAUCUGUAUGGUUCCACUUAGCACCUUUUUUCUAAGAGUGUACUUUUCACCAGGGCUCAUAGGGCUCUGGUUAAAAGUAGUGCACUUCAUAGGGAAUAGGGUGCCAUUUGGGACACAGCCACAUCUCAGCUGCGGGCCCUGAUGUCAGUGAGUUCAUAAAGUAUCUGUAACUAGGGAACACACAUGUACACUCAUGCACACACACACACAAAUGCUGACUCCACACUCUAAGCUCUGUGCUGUCACGCACUUCCAGCUGAGGCAGACCAUACAGUGAUGAAGUCGCUUCAUGCGAGUGUUUGGAUUAAAACAUUUAUCACUUGACAAUAUAGCAUCCCUGCAUUACGCAAUCACAUGCUCCUCCACCCAUGUCUUGUGCAUCGCAAGUAAACACGCUCACCCUUAAAGACACACAUACACCCACAUCUCUGCAUACCGUUGUCUAAUUUCUUGUUAUUUCUCACUCGCUCACUCGCACUCACCUGUGCUGUGUCCUGUGCUAGUCUAACUAGCAGUCUAAUGGCAGAGUGAGCUGUGCUGUACUGUUCUGUGCUGAACAACAGUAGCCACCGACUCAUGUUUGAUUGGCAGUUACUUCCUGCUAAUUCAUGCGUGUGUGCGUGGCGAUUGUCCAGAUGUGUUGGUUUGAAUGUCAUGAGAGGGUAUCUGGGGCUGCUGGCUGGUUAGAUAGGGUUGUGUAUUGUACAGUACACUACAGUAUGUGGUUGACACUGUAGGCAAAUGUAGGUCCCAGGUAGGGUGAAUGCAAAGUAGCUGUCAAGAUGUCAAUGUAACGCAGUAUACAGUUAUAUUAAUACAUAGAGUAUAGAUAUAGAUAGCGUCAGAUGGAGUUGGAGUUGUCCCAUCUGAUGUGAUUUGAUUUGACCAUUCAAAAUACAUAAAAUGGCAACAGACACAAAUACCAAAAUUGUCAAGGAUAAAGAGACUAAUUUCCAUUGUGGUCCCCUUUGCUAAAAGUCUCUACCUAAGAGGCUUAUACACAGAGAUCUUAUGAUACAUACUUCUUUAUGUAGUUCAAUGCUUGUACAUGUUGAAAACACCCUUGCUUUGUAAUAACUUGUUUUCUCUAUUGUCUCUGUGUCGUGUGUAGCUGGAUCUCUGUGCUAUCCAACAGUAAGGAGGAAGCUCUGAACAUGGCAUUCCGCGGAGAAGAGGACGGAGUAGGAGGAGAGGAUGGCCUGGAGGACCUGACCAAAGCCAUCAUAGAGGAGGUGCUGCGCAUGCCUGGCAAUGAAGUCUGCUGUGACUGUGGCGCUGCAGGUACAUAUAGUAUGACAUCUAUGGGUGCACGUGUGUGUGGUUCCUGGGACAUACACAACCUCUAUGGUUUUCCAAGGGACUCUCACAUUCUAGAUUGUCCACUAUACCACUACUUUGAGCUUACUCACCAUUCACCUUGUCAUGGGAGAAGACAACGACACCUUUGCUUCAGCAUUUUAUCUCGCCCUUGAACUCACACAUCCCAAUAGAACUCACACAUCCCUAUAGAACUCACACAUCCCCAUAGAACUCACACAUCCCCAUAUAACUCACACAUCCCCAUAGAACUCACACAUCCCCAUAGAACUCACACAUCCCUAUAGAAAUCACACAUCCCCAUAGAACUCACACAUCCCCAUAGAACUCACACAUCCCCAUAGAACUCACACAUCCCAAUAGAACUCACACAUCCCCAUAGAACUCACACAUCCCCAUAGAACUCACACAUCCCAAUAGAACUCACACAUCCCAAUAGAACUCACACAUCCCCAUAGAACUCACACAUCCCCAUAGAACUCACACAUCCCAAUAGAACUCACACAUCCCCAUAGAACUCACACAUCCCAAUAGAACUCACACAUCCCAAUAGAACUCACACAUCCCCAUAGAACUCACACAUCCCAAUAGAACUCACACAUCCCCAUAGAACUCACACAUCCCAAUAGAACUCACACAUCCCCAUAGAACUCACACAUCCCAAUAGAACUCACACAUCCCCAUAGAACUCACACAUCCCAAUAGAACUCACACAUCCCAAUAGAACUCACACAUCCCCAUAGAACUCACACAUCCCAAUAGAACUCACACAUCCCCAUAGAACUCACACAUCCCAAUAGAACUCACACAUCCCCAUAGAACUCACACAUCCCUAUAGAACUCACACAUCCCCAUAGAACUCACACAUCCCUAUAGAACUCACACAUCCCCAACCAUCAUCAAGGUUGUCCCUCAGAAAUCCCUGCUCAGCCCAACAUUGAUCCACUCUUCUGCACUGUCAUGGCUGCUCCCCAUCUCCCUCAGUAGUUAGGGAUAUUCUAUGCAGCCCUCCUGCAAUGUCACCGUUAACCAAACAAGCAGCAAAGCAGCACCAGGAGCCUUCUCUGUAUUCAGGAUGUAACAGUGGUGUUGGUCCUUUCUGGCCCUCUGACUUGAUCCUCCCCUGCUGUAAAAACAGAGACUCAGCACUCCCCAAGCAGAGACACCCUGGCCCUCUGACUCCCCCAAUACACACACACACUGUCAGCAUAAACACACAGAGAGCACUGAGGAGAGUGCAGGCCGCUAGCGAAUAAAAAAAUACCGGUUUGUUGCGACAACGUCAUUAUGUUACAUAAUUCAUACACACAGACACAGUUUUGCUGAUUUCCCCUCUAUGGAGUGAGUUUAUUUAACACGUUGAUAAUGUGCUAGUGUACUGCAGGCUUAUUUAGGGUGCUCCUUCGGCUGAUCCUGUCUAAAAUACAGCUCUCUAGAGGAGUAUUAGUGCAAAAUAUUUUGCAGCUCUAGAGCUCUCACCCCACCCUGAGCUUCCUGUCUUCUCUAUGGUCAUCUAUUGCCUCUAUUGCCAUCCUGCAUGUGACUCAUUGGUGUUUGGCCGCCUCUGAAACCAUUCCACCCGAGUCCGUCCGGCACAGACCUGUCAAAUCCAGACACGCUAGUUAGCCUAACAGCUAACAGCACUCAGCCAUCUGUAAAGAUAGUGUGUUUACAUCUGCGUAGCUGCGUAGGGCUCUCAGGCUUGAUAUCAGGCUGGGUUUAAGCCUCCUUCAAUUGCAUCACUCAUGCUUGGCUGUGGUGUCAGUCACUGUAGCAGUUUACAGUGAAGAGCCCAAAGCCUCUCUAGCCUUCCACCACAUGGCUCUGCUGUCAGAGCAUGUACAGGCAUUCAGUUUGACACAGAAUGAUGCAAUGUUUUCUAGUUGCUGGGCUCUGGUAGUCCAGUCGGUGUGGUUGGUGGGUCUGAUGCUGCCGAGGCCCUCUAGUGGUGUGUGCUGUGCAUUGCCGCUGCUCACGUUGAUGUGAUGGUGGACCUGGGUUGUAUUCACUAGUGCACACCGUAGCAAAACGUUUUGCAACAAACAUUUCUUAUACAUUCAGUUUGUCCCUCCCUGUUUCAGUCAGGUUUCUUUCGUUUGGUGCCUAGUGAAUACGACCAUGAAACAAAUUGUCAGCUUAUACAUUGUCAGUGAAUACAAACACGGCACAAUGCAAGUGUUCAGAUGGAAAAUUAAACCCCCUUGUGUUCAGCAUUAUCGUUCUGGAUUUCAAUUGUAAAUUGUAUAUUUGUGGUAGUACUUUGAAAAAACAUAAUGUUAUAUUUGGAGCCAAAACAGCUGUGCACUAAACUGUGAAUUCCAGACAGAUUUUUGUGGUUUUGUAGCCAAGACGCCUCUCCGCAAGCCAAUGCGCCACAAAAUGGCUGCUCUCUAACCUGAGUAUAUUGUAAUGUUGUCUGUGCCCUUAGAUCCAAAAUGGCUGUCCACUAACCUGGGCAUCCUGACCUGCAUCGAGUGCUCUGGCAUCCACCGGGAGAUGGGAGUUCACAUCUCACGCAUCCAAUCCAUGGAGCUAGAUAAGCUAGGCACCUCUGAACUCUUGGUGAGUGAAAAAAGAAAUACAUUUGGUGAACAUUAUAUUGAGUUAUUUUCACAGUAGAUCAACAUGCAAAAUAGAUUCAAAAACAGGAUAUAAAUAAAUAAAUCUUGAUUACGCCGUGAUUGUUAUGAUGGCAAUUAGAGCAAAGUGUUUCUAACGAGCAUCUUGACAUUCAUAUGAGACUUGAUAUGUCCUUCACAGCUGGCUAAGAACGUAGGGAACAGUAGUUUCAAUGAAAUAAUGGAGGGGAACCUUCCUUGUCCCUCACCGAAACCCACUCCUUCAAGUGACAUGUAAGUACUCAGCGUCAUCAACAACUACAUGAACUUCUUAGAAACUCCAUAGAAAUGUUACCUCACUUUCACUUAUCACUUGACAUCACUGGAAGCAUAAUCAGGUGUAUGUUUGAGCUUAUGCAGGUAGAUGUGUCUGGCAGGAAAAGCCACAAAUAAAUAGAACACUAGAAUGGACAUUGGCAUCCUAGCAACAUGACUAAAAAUCAGCCAUCUUGGUCAGGAAAACGUUCAUGCUAGAAACUGAAUGAAAGGAUCUCUAUAGGAAAAACUAUCCACACAACCAUCUCCUUAUUCUCCCGCCUCUCUCCCUCCUACAGGACAGUGAGGAAGGAGUUCAUCAAUGCUAAGUAUGUGGACCACAAGUUUGCACGGAAGACCUGUACCUCCUCGGCAGCUAAGACCAUUGAGCUGUGUGAGGCGGUCAAGUCCAGGGACCUGCUGUCUCUCAUCCAGGUGUAUGCUGAGGGGGUGGAGCUAAUGGAGCCACUGCCCGAGGGUGGACAGGUGAGUCUGACCUCUGAUGUCACAGGCCCUGGACUGUAUUAUUAUCUCAUCUCACCUGAUCAGGGCCCAUAUUCAUAAAGCAUCUCAUAGGAUUGCUGGUGUAGGAUCAGGUCCCCCUGUCCUUGUAAUCUUAUUCAUUAUGAUCCAAAAGUUAAAACUGAUCCUAAGUCAGCAUUCAUACCCUGACGCUUUGAUGAAUAUGGGCCCUGAUCUGGUAUGGGGGGUCUGGUUUUACAAUAUGAGCAGAAGUGUACUGUUUCAUAGGGAAAUACUAGGUUGUACUGAGUCUGUAAGGAGGCUGUACUGUACAUGGGCAAAGUAAUGAACAGUCCACAGAGAAAAACAGAGUUUUUACUACUGGGCAAUGUUGGACAAGACAACAAUGCCCAAACGAGAAAAGUGACUCAGUUAAGCUAUCACUACUGCCACCCACUAAACGUUGAACCACGUAGCACUGCAGUGUGCUCUCAGAAGUAGUCCAUAGGGAAUAGUGGCCAGGGAUGAGUCACUGACUCUGUUUGAAAGCAGGCAGAGCUUCUAGCCCAGGCUGACUCACUGAUAUCUAAUGCAAUCCUGGCUGUGAGAGGCUGCAUCCCAGGGCUCUGGUCAAAAGUAGUGCAUUAUAAUAUGGUUCCUUUUGGGAUGCUGGUUGAGUGUCCCCAGCAGACAGCACAUAUCAUUUACAUUUUACAUUUUAGUCAUUUAGCAGACGCUCUUAUCCAGAGCGACUUACAGUUAGUGAAUACAUUAUUUUUUUUAAAUAUUUUUUAUUUUUUAUACUGGCCCCCGGUGGGAAACGAACCCACAACCCUGGCGUUGCAAACGCCAUGCUCUAUCAACUGAGCUACAUCCCUGCCGGCCAUUCCCUCCCCUACCCUGGACGACGCUGGGCCAAUUGUGCGCCGCCCAUGAGUCUCCCGGUCACGGCCGGCUGCGACAGAGCCUGGAUUCAAACCAGGAUCUCUAGUGGCACAGUUAGCACUGCGAUGCAGUGCCUUAGACCACUGCGCCACUCAGGACCCAGAGCCGCAGACAGUGAGGGUGUGACAGGAAUACAUGACAAAGUAGCCCCUCCCUCUUCCCAAACGGAUACCCUGCUUCUCUGGUUGACUCAUAGUAAUUGGUAUUGCGUGUGUCACUGUGUGCACACUCUUCCCAAUAAGUCUCCAUACUUGGGACUCGCAGAGAUAAAUCAGCGAUGUAACUACCAGUCAUUUUCAAUUAGAGGAGACACAAGGAGACACGCAAUGACAUGCAUAAUGUUUGAAGGAUACACCCACCAAGGAAGAUCUCAACGACUUGAUGGCUGAUUAUCUCGGCAAGUGUGAGUUCAAUCACGACCAGUGAGGUGGUGGUGGUGGCCUUUGUUCAUGGGGGGGGGGGGGACAAGCUAUUUUUAGGAGCCAUUUUGUUGACUGCAGCCUCUUUAAAUGCUGAGAGAGAGUGUAGAAUGGAUGCUGCCUGCUGUUCUCCCCAUGUAGAAAGUCUCAUGUUUUUGUUGUGUGUGAUCGCCCCCUUCAGGAGGCCGGAGAGACUGCGCUCCACUACUCUGUGCGCACCGCCGACCAGACCUCACUGCACCUGGUGGACUUCCUUGUACAAAACAGGUAAAAUGACCAAAUAAGGCCCUGUCAAUAAAGUGAAGAUAUGCAUAUUAUGCCAUACAGGCUACCAUAGCAUUGGGCUAAUGUGAAAUGGGAUUUUAAAUGCAGUGAAAGCACAGACUUCAUAAGCUGUUGUGCCCAUAUACUAAAAAACAUAACAGAAUAUUAUAAAUAAGUACUAUUUCCACCAUUUGGUCAUGUAAAUUGAUGUGUUAAAUGUGAGGUUUCGAUGGAAUAGCUUCAUGAAAGACAGUGUUCUCUUCUCAUCUCUCCACCACUGCAAGAGGAAGAUGAGCAGACUAGAGCUCAGCACAGCUUAGAUUCCCACAAGGCAAACAGAACUGGGUCAGGCAGCCACUUGUUCUCCGCCUUAAUUUAUUCAUCAGUCUUUUCAAUUGUUUGCUCCCUGCCUCGCUGCACCUCAGGCAGACCGUUACCGGGAAAUGGGGGCUCCUCAUUAAUUAAUAGGUCCACCUUCAUGAUUUCAUGCUUACACUUGGUAAUUGGGCUAAUUGUUUUCCAUUCAGGGAUAGGAGGAGAUGAAAUGAGGACCAACCACUUACCAGUCAACAUCUUAGUGUGACUUAAGUACACCUUCCUAAGAUUGAGUUGCACCCCCUUUUGCCCUCAGAACAGCCUCAAUUCGUCAGGGCAUGGACUCAACAAGGUGUCGAAAGCGUUCCACAGGGAUGCUGGCCCAUGUUGACUUCAAUGCUUCCCACAGUUGUGCCAAAUUGUCUGGAUGUCCUUUGGGUGGUGGACCAUUCUUGAAACACACAGGAAACUGUUGAGCGUGAAAAACUCAGCAGCGCUGCAGUUCUCAACACACUUAAACCGGUGCGCCUGGCACCUACUGCCAUGCCCCGUUCAAAGGCACUUAAAUAUUUUGUCUUGCCCAUUCACCCUCUGAAUGGCACACAUACACAAUAUAUGUCUCAAUUGUCCCAAGGCUUAAAAAUCCUUCUUAAACCUGUCUCCUCCCCUUUAUAUACACUGAUUGAAGUGGAUUUAACAGGUGACAUCAAUAAGGGAUCAUAGCUUUCACAUGGAUUCACCUGGUCAGUCUGUCAUGGAAAGAGCAGGUGUUUCUAAUGUUUUGUACACUCUGUGUAUAUUUUGUCAGCCGUAGUGAAAAAUAGGUAUUAAAGCAGUAUGUGUGAUCAAAGCGUGAAUGAUAAUGUGACACCUUUUACCUCUGGGGUGUGACCCGUGACAUGUCACAGUGGGAACCUGGAUAAGCAGACCGAGUGGGGAAACACUGCCCUGCACUACUGCUGCAUGUACGAGAAACACCAAUGCCUCAAACUACUGCUGAGGGGCAAACCAGCCACUGACAUCAGUGAGUAACACACACACACACACACUCAUAUGUAAAUGUAAUCAGACUUGGUUAUGUUAACAUGCCUGUUCUGUUUUUGGCUAAUCAAAAUUGUGUUUUCUACCACAGGAUGGCUCGUGUUAAUGGCUGGAGCGGAAUUAGUGGAAUGCUAACAAAUACAUUAAACACAUGAUUUCCAUGUGUUUGAUGCCAUUCCAUUGCUCUGUUCCAGCCAUUAUUAUUUACAUUUACAUUUAAGUCAUUUAGCAGACGCUCUUAUCCAGAGCGACUUACAUGAGCAAUUAGGGUUAAGUGCCUUGCUCAAGGGCACAUCGACAGAUUUUUCACCUACUCGGCUCGGGGAUUAGAACCAGAGACCUUUCGGUUACUGGCACAACGCUCUUAACCACAGCAGCCUCCACUGUUUUAUACACAUCGAUGGAAUGUAUGCGUCUAGUGUAACCAAUAUCAUGCCUGUUCUUUUAGCCAAUCAGAAUGGUGAGACGGCGCUGGAUAUUGCCAGGCGUAUGAAGAACAGUCAGUGUGAGGAGGCAGUAAGUAUCUCACUGUGAACAUGAGCCAAUAUGCUCCAUAACCACUAUAUGUUUGGCUAUUAAUUGCAUGAAUUGAUAGCAAUAUUUAAAGAUGCAAUCCUGUUCUUUGUUGAAGUAGCAUCCACACAAUAUCUGAUGAUGUAGCAGCACAGUAGAUAGUCUAGAUCGAAGGGACUUGUUAACCAGCACAUCUUUGGACACUAGAUGGCAGCAGCCAAAGGCCUACCCAGGCUUCUAGUGACUUCAGAGAGGAAACCAUUACUGAUGUAUGGUUACUAUUUGCACACAGAAAACUAAGUUGGUGCUUUACCAUCAGUGAUAUUAUGGCAUGUUUUGCACAUCAAAAUAAAGGAGGACAACAAUCUAAUUCAUGUUGGAGGUAUUCAUUGUGGUAGAUUGUUCGUUAUGACUUGCUUUGUGGGAUAUAAUCACUGUGUGUUAAUUUGUAUGUCCUCUGUAUUUCAUUGUUUCAUUGUGGAUCCAAAUGAAGUAAUCAACAUUUGUGUUCCCCAGCUGGUGCAGGCUGCAGCGGGGAAGUAUUACCCUCAUGUCCACGUGGAGUAUGAGUGGAGCUUGAGGCUGGACGAGCUGGACGAGAGCGAUGAUGAUCUCGAUGACAAGGUCAGACUGGGACUGCAGGUUCACACAUCUGGACAGAGAACACAACUUGAAAUCCAUGUGCAAAUACUCUAUAUAUACAAAAGUAUGUGGACACCCCUUCAAAUUAGAGGAUUCGGCUAUUUCAGCCACACCCGUUGCUGACAGGUGUAUAUAAUCGAGCACACCGCCAUGCAAUCUCCAUAGACAAACAUUGACAGUAGAAUGGCCUUACUGAAGAGCUCAGUGACUUUCAACGUGGCACCGUCAUAGGAUGCACCUUUCCAACAAGUCAGUUUGUCAAAUAUCUGCCCUGCUAGAGCUGCCCCGGUCAACUGUAAGUGCUGUUAUUGUAAAGUGGAAAUGUCUAGAAGCAACAAUGGCUCAGCCACGAAGUGGUAAGCCACACAAGCUCACGCACGUAGCGUGUAAAAAUCGUCUGUCCUCGCUUGCAACACUCACUACCACGUUCCAAACUGCCUCCGGAAGCAACGUCAGCACAAGAACUGUUCGUCAGGAGCUUAAUGAAAUGGGUUUCCAUGGCCAAGCAGCCAUGGUUUGUCAAGAUCGGUAUGGAAGAACUUGACUGGCCUGCACAGAGCCCUGACCUCAACCCCAUCAAACACCUUUGGGAUGAACACCGACUGUGAGCCAGGCCUAAUCAACCAACAUCAGUGCCCGACCUCACUAAUGCGCUUGUGGCUGAAUGGAAGCAAGUCCCUGCAGCAAUGUUCCAACAUUUAGUGGAAAGCCUUCCCAGAAGAGUGGAGGCUGUUAUAGCAGCAAAGGGGGGACCAACUCCAUAUUAAUGCCCAUGAUUUUGGAAUGAAAUGUCAAAGUUCCUAAGUUGACACUCUUCCAAGUUGACACUUGUCUCUCUCUCCCUCUCUGUCUGCAGCCUAGUCCCAUAAAGAAGGACCGUUCCCCGCGGCCCCAGAGUUUCUGCCACUCGUCCAGCCUGUCUCCCCAUGACAAGCUGUCUCUGCCGGGCUUCAUCAGCCACCGGGACAAACAGCAGCGCAUGUCUUACAGCGCCUUCACCAACCAGAUGUACUCCGCCUCCACCGACCUCACUUCCUCUUCCCCCGUGGCCGAUGCCCCCCCUCUGCCCCCCAGGAACCAGGGCAAAGGUGAGACCUGGUUGUGAUUGGCCAGGGUCCAGACUUUUAUCAGUGUAGGAUGAAGUUGCUUCUAGACACUGAUCAGAGGUCAGUUUUGUAUUUUCCCCACUAAUGGUUAAGGUGAUGAUUGGGGAGGGGAAGCUGAUCCUAGAUCUCUAUCUAGGUGAAACUUCUACCUGAAAUGCAAAUGGCCUAAAGGUUAUGUGGCCAGUUGUGGAAUGUACAUAGGAUACAUAGCAGUAUUGUCUGGUUGACCAGAAUUUACAAGUAUGGAGAAUUUGCAUGUACUGGCACAUUGUCUCUUAUCUCUAACACUGGUACUCAGGAAGAACGCAGUAAUAAAGUUUACUGUUUUUCUCUGUUACAAAACAUUGUAAUCAUAACACUAGUUAACCAAGUUGCUGAUAUGAUUAGUAUUUUCCUCUCUCUCUCAACCUUACACACACACACACCCUUGAGAGGAAUGUAAUUUGUCAACACGUCGAUCAGAGGGCGGGAAGCGGCUGUCAUAAAGACUGCUUACACAAGAAAGGCACCUCCAGCAAAAGGAUGGCUUCAGGGCUGCUGGCAGGCGGGAGUGAAGGAGAGAGUGGAGACACACACUUAAAUGAUAAUGCCAGUGAAGCCGGUGUUUGGAGGAUACAUUGGCACGGGUGUUGUUAGGUCUGAGAUGAAGUCGAGGCCAAUAUAUCCUCCAAACACCAUGCCAAUAUAUCCUCCAAACACCGGCUUCUCGGGCAUUAUCACUUUUAUACAAUGGGUUACCAACAUAUUUAAAAAAUGAUUGACAUAUUUUCAUUAAAAACAUUAUUUUGAUUAAUGUAUUAAUACUAUUUCAUCCUUCCACAAGAUAUAGUCCCGAAACAAAUCUAGGGUUGCUACCCAAGCCGGCUGGCCGAUCGUUCUAUCGGUUCGGUUGCCAGAGACAAAUUCGAUCUCCAGCUGUCCCAUAGUAAUGAACGUGUCGGGAGUCAGUCGUUCAGUCUUUUUGUUCUGUAUCUAUUUUCGCGACCCAGUUGUUCGUUCUAAAUGUUCCAUUGCCAUACUGGCUGGCAACGUUCUUAUCCCUUGCUUGCUAGCUAGUCAACUAUGGCUAAUUUACAGUCACGUCAAAAAGUUCAGCCAGAAUACCAGCAAAGUAGCUGCGUUUGCAUUUUUUUAAGCUGUUUUCUAGAGACAUUUAUUUGGAUACAUGCAUAACAAUGAGCAAAUGAUGCGCGAUUUCGUCUGGCAUAGAAAACGUGCUCACUCAUCAGGACACUGUUGUUCAGGGGAGCUAGCCAACAACACAGCUAACACAAUCACUUCAAACUGAAGCUGGAAAGACUGCAAACUAGCUGUGCUUCGUUUUGUUUAAAAAAUAAAUAAUUGACAUUUCUUUGUAUAUAUCCAUAAAAAUGAUGCCUGCCUGUCUGUCUCGUCGCGACUCCCGACACGUUCAUUACUAUGGGACAGCUGGAGAUCGAAUUUGAAUAUUGAAACAAUGUUGCAAAUGUCGGAGACAGACAGCAAGGUUUAUACAAAUCUCCCCUGUUGAAAACUAAAUGUUAGUCUAAAAGAAAUUGAGAUAAUGUCUAAAUGCUUUUUAUAGUGGAGAUCAAGUUUAUAAAUUGCUUAGCUGGGCUGAUGAGACAGUGGAUUGUGCAGUCAGAUGGAACAGAGUAAAUAGGCAUUUUAACAUCAUAGAUUUAGCCGGUGGUAACUUGUGGAAUAGACACUGGCUGGAAUGCGGUUUUAACCAAUCAGCAUUCAGGAUUAGACCCACCCAUUGUAUAAAGCCAGAUAAUACACCAGGCUGUUAAUGUUAACGCUUCAUUAUGGAAAUCCAGGGUUGUGUCCCAAAUGGCACCCCAUGUCCUACAUAGUGCAAUAGUUCUCUAUGGGCCCAGGUCAGAAGUAAUGCACUAUAUAGGGAAUAAGGUGCCAUUUGGGACGCAGCCCAGGACACAUCCUGAUCAUCAACACUAUCUGACAGUACAAACAGACUCCCAGGGGCAAGCAGCACGGUCAGCACAAUUAUAAUGAACCAUAACAUCCCUCCCGAAGACAGGAGUUAGAACAAAAGCACUCACACCCCAGAUUGCUAUUCCCUAUCCUUGUUACAAUACAGUAGGCUACAUUGUUGACGCCAAUACACUGUUGAGUGGAGCGAAGAGAAACGGCGGUUUCUCUUUACACACAAGAGAUGAACAGUUCUCUUUCAGUGGGCAUCGGACUGACUUGUUUCCCCUUAGGCAUUUCGGUGCAAUUUCUCCUCUUUUGCAUUUCUUGUCACUAAUAAGAUUUCAUAUGGGGGUUUAUAGUGGCUUGCGUCUCAAAUGGCGCCCUAUUCUCUAAAUAGUGCACUACUUUUGAUCAAGGCCUGCAUAGGGCUCUGGUCAAAAGUAGUGCACUACAAAGGGAAUAGGGUGUCAUUUCAACCGCAGCCAGUGUGUGGGAGAAGCUCUCAGAGCUUGACAUACAUUCUCUCCCACACUCUUCAUCCCUCUUCAUCCCUCUCUCUCUCUCUCUUUUUCUCCUUUCUUUCUCUUUCAGCGCCGCACUUGGCAUUCCUCGGCUCUCACUCGCACUACGCCACUCUGGCCGGCACUCGACCAUACAUCAGUGAAUAUCUUGUUUUUACAUUUUCUCCUGCUGUGCCCGCCCAUAUACUUCUGCUGCCCAGUGGCACUAGUUGCGCUUUACUUCCCAUUAAAAAUAUGGGUGGUGGCGUCUUAAACUUUUAACAAUGGCACUGUAAAAGUGUGGUUAAUUAUACAUUUUCUUACACGCAGUUUUAUCACGUUUUGUGACGUCGCCACCCCUGAGCUGUAAAGUGCUAUCAUACCUUAUGUAGAUUGUGUCCCAAAUGGCACCCUAUUCCCUAUAUAGUGCUCUAAUUUUGAUCAGAGCCCUAUGGGAUCCAACAGUAGUGCACUAUAUAGGAUAUAGGGUUCCAUUUUUGGAUGCAGUCUGACUCUCCUCUCUGACUGGCUGAGUUCUCUAUUAGCCACAAUCUUAUAGCAUGUUUCCAGGCUUACACACAGCUGGGAAUAGGACUAGCUGCUUUGGGUUAACGUUACUGUAGGUCCAGAAGUCUCAGGAGCAUGUACACCCACCCCAAAAUAUACACAAAACGACACAUACACAAUACACACACAUUGUUCUGUGUCCAUCUUCUCUGUAUUCCUAUCUGGGCGUUUCUCUGUUCACUGGGAGGUUGUGUUUUACCUGUAUUGAUGUUGUGUUAACAAAUCUCCCCCACAUUGUCCAACAAUUGUGUUGAACCCAGUCUCGAUGGCAAGAAACCUUCCUCUCAUCUACCCUCCCCUCUCAAGCCCCUCCCCUUCCUCUUGGUAUCACAGGUGACAGAAUGAAUGAUGCCUGUCCCUUCACUGCAUGUUUGUAUGUUGUCACUCCUCCAGCUCCUCCCUCCACCCUCAUCCCCGGAGGCAGCUCCACCCUGUCCAAGAAGAGGCCUCCGCCCCCUCCCCCCGGGCACAAACGCACCCUGUCUGACCCGCCCAGCCCGCUUUCCCACAGUAGAGGGGGCAUUUACGUGGGUGAGUCCUCCCUCGGUGGGCCAGACCCAAGCAGACACAUCUGAAUACUGCUUGGUCGUCUUUAUUAGCAAAGGACAUGAUCCUUAAUAACAAGUCUCUGGUCCUGGACAGUUGUAGUGUGUGCAGGCUUUUGGUCCAGCCCAGCACUAACACACAUGAUUGAACUAAGGUCAGUCUAAAUGCCUACCUACACUGAGGCCCUAAAGGACCAGAGUUACCCAUCUCUGGCCUAGUAUUGAGUGGGUUUCCGACCAGGUCUUCCCCAUGACCAGAGUGUCAGUGCUGUUCAUGAAUGACAGACACAUCCUGGUCAUUUUAUGGUGUGAUGGCAAUGACACAGACACAUCCUGGUCAUUUUGGAGGGUGAUGGUAAUCCUGUGUAAAUGUAUAUGUUAGUGUUGGAUGUCAGAUCAUUAUUUUUGUCAUCAUUUUGUCUCGUCUGUGAUGUUUUUUGUAUUGUGAAAUACAAACACAUUCUUACAGUCUCAUCUAACAGUGGCCUCAACAGCAUUAGUAUAGAAUAAAAUGUAGAUUAUUAGCUGAAUAAUACUACACUGAACAAAAAUCUAAACGCAACAAUAAAGUGUUGGUCCCAUGUUUCAAGAGCUGAAAUAAAAGUUCCCUGAAAUUUUCAAUACGCACAAAAAGCUUAUUUCUCUCAAUGUCUUUAAAUCCCUGCUAGUGAGCAUUUAUCCUUUGCCAAGAUAAUCCAUCCAACUGCCAGGUGUGGCAUAUCAAGAAGCUGACUAAACAGCAUGAUCAUUACACAGGUGCACCUUGUGCUGGGGAACACAAUGCCACAGAUGUCUCAAGUUUUGAGCGAGCGUGCAAUUGGCAUGCUGACUGCAGGAAUGUCCAACAGAGCUGUUGCCAGAGAAUUGAAUGUUAAUUUCUCUACCAUAAGCCAUUUUAGAGAAUUUGGCAGUACGUCCAACCGGCCUGACAACCGCAGAUCACGUGUAACCAUGCCAGCCCAGGACCUCCACAUCCUGCUUCCUCACCUGCGGGAUCGUCUGAGAUCAGCCACCCGGACAGCUGAUGAAACUGUGGGUUUGCACAACCAAAUAAUUUCUGCACAAACUGUCAGAAACAGUCUCAGGGAAGCUCAUCCGCGUGCUUGUCGUCACCAGGGUCUUGACCUGACUGCAGUUCAGCGUCGUAACUGACUUCAGUGAGCAAAUGCUCACCUUCGAUGGCCACUGGCACGCUGGCGAAAUGUGCUCUUCACAGAUGAAUCCCGGUUUCAACUGUCAUGUGGGCGAGCGGUUUGCUGAUGUCAACGUUGUGAGCAGAGUGCCCCAUGGUGGCGGUGGGGUUAUGGUAUGGGCUGGCAUAAGCUACGGACAACACAAUUGCAUUUUAUCAAUGGCAAUUUGAAUGCACAGAGAUACCGUGACGAGAUCCUGAGGCCCAUUGUCGUGACAUUCAACCGCCUCCAUGUCAUGUUUCAGCAUGAUAAUGCACGGCCCCAUGUCACAAGGAUCUGUACACAAUUACUGCAAUUCCAUGGCCUGCAUACUCAACAGACAUGUCACCCAUUGAGCAUGUUUGGGAUCCUCUGGAUCGAUGUGUACGACAGCGUGUUCCAGUUCUCGCCAAUAUCCAGCAACUUCGCACAGCCAUUGAAGACUGGGACAACAUUCAACAGGCCACAAUCAACAGCCUGAUCAACUCUAUGCGAAGGAGAUGUGUCGCGCUGCAUGAGGCAAAUGGUGGUCACACCAGAUACUGACUGGUUUUCUGAUCCACGCCCCUACUUCUUUUUUUUAUAAGGUACACUACAUGACCAAAAGUAUGUGGACACCUGCUCGUCAAACAUCUCAAUCCAAAAUCAUGGGCAGUAAUAUGGAGUUGGUCCCCCCUUUGCUGCUAUAACAGCCUCCACUCUUCUGGGAAGGCCUUCCACUAGAUGUUGGAACAUUGCUGCGGGGACUUGCUUCCAUUCAGCCACAAGAGCAUUAGUGAGGUUGGGCACUGAUGUUGGGUGAUUAGGCCUGGGUCGCAGUCAGCGUUCCAAUUCAUCCCAAAGAUGUUCAAUGGGGUUGAGGUCAGGGCUCUGUGCAGGCUAGUCAAGUUCUUCCAUAACGAUCUCGACAAACAAUUUCUGUAUGGACCUCGCUUUGUGCACGGGGGCAUUGUCAUACUGAAACAGGAAAGGGCCUUCCCCAAACUGUUUCCACAAAGUUGGAAGCACAGAAUCGUCUAGAAUGUCACUGUAUGCUGUAGCGUUAAGAUUUCCCUUCACUGGAACUAAGGGGCCUAGCCCGAACCAUGAAAAACAGCCCCAAUCAUUAUUCUUCCUCCACCAAACUUUACAGUUGGCACUAUGCAUUGGGGCAGGUAGCGCUCACCUGGCAUCCGCCAAACCCAGAUUAGUCUGUCGGACUGACAGAUGGUGAAGCGUGAUUCAUCACUCUAGAGAACGCGUUUCCACUGCUCCAGAGUCCAAUGGCGGCGAGCUUUACACCACUCCAGCCGACGCUUGGCAUUGCGCAUGGUGAUCUUAGGCUUGUGUGCGGCUGCUCGGCCAUGGAAACCCAUUUCAUGAAACUCCAGACCAACAGUUAUUGUGCUGACGUUGCUUCCAGAGGCAGUUUGGAACUCGUUAGUGAGUGUUGCAACUGAGGACAGACGGCUGAGCCGUUGUUGCUCCUAGACGUUUCUACUUCACAAUAACAGCACUUGAACAGGGCAGCUCUAGCAGGGCAGAAAUUUGACGAACUGACUUGUUGGAAAGGUAGCAUCCUAUGACGGUGCCACGUUGAAGGUCACUGAGCUCUUCAGUAAGGCCAAUCUACUGCCAAUGUUUGUCUAUGGAGAUUGCAUGGCUGUGUGCUCGAUUGUAUACACCUGUCAGCAACGGGUAUGGCUGAAAUAGCCAAAUCCACUCAUUUGAAGGGGUGUCCACAUACCUUUCUAUAUAUAGUGUAUCUGUGACCAACAUAUACAUAUCUGUAUUCCCAGAUAUGAAAUCCAUAGAUUAGGGUCUAAUGAAUUUUUCAAUUGACAGAUUUUCUUAUAUGAACUGUAACUCAGUAAAAUCUUUAUCUUUGACAUACCUCCUAUAGUCCAUAAUGGUAGCUAAUGGAAAACUCAGCCUGACAUCUCCCUCCCUUACCCUUUUCUACUAUAAUGUACAGAAUAUAUAUAUAUAUGUAUAUGUGUGUGUAUAUUUAUAUAUAUAUUAUACGGUACCAGUCAAAAGUUUGGACACACCUACUCCUUCAAGGGUUAGGGUUAGGGUUAACCCUAACCCUAACCCUUUAUUUUUUACUAUUUCCUACAUUGUAGAAUAAUAGUGAAGAUAUCAAAACUUUGAAAUAACACAUAUGGAAUCAUGUAGUAACCAAAAAAGUGUUAACCAAAUCAAAAUAUAUUUUAUAUUUGAGAUUCUUCAAAUAGCCACCCUUUGCCUUGAUGACAGUUUUGCACACUCUUGGCAUUCUCUCAACCAGCUUCACCUGGACUGCUUUUCCAACAGUCUUGAAGGAGUUCCCACAUAUGCUGAGCACUUGUUGGCUGCUUUUCCUUCACUCUGCCGUCCGACUCAUCCCAAACCAUCUCAAUUGGCUUGAGGUCGGGUGAUUGUGGAGGCCAGGUCAUCUGAUGCAGCACUUCAUCACUCUCCUUACACAGCCUGGAGGUGUGUUAGGUCAUUGUCCUGUUGAAAACUAAUGAUAGUCUCACUAAGCCCAAACCAGAUGGAAUGGCGUAUCGCUACAGAAUGCUGUGGUAGCCAUGCUGGUUAACUGUGUCUUGAAUUCUAAAUCAAUCACAGAUAGUGUCACCAGCAAAGCACCCCCACACCAUAACACCUUCUCCUCCAUGCUUUACGGUGGGAACUACACAUGCGGAGAUAAUCUGUUCACCCACAAAGCCACAGCGGUUUGAACCAAAAAUCUCAAAUUUGGACUCCAGACCAAAGGACACAUUUCCACCGGUCUAAUGUCCAUUGCUUGUGUUUCUUGGCCCAAACAGGUCUCUUCUUCUUAUUGGUGUCCUUUAGUAGUGGUUUCUUUACAGCAUUUCGACCAUGAAGGCCUGAUUCACACAGUCCCCUCUGAACAGUUGAUGUUGACAUGUGUCUGUUACUUGAACUCUGUGAAGCAUUUAUUUGGGCUACAAUUUCUGAGGCUGGUAACUCUAAUGAACUUAUCCUCUGCAGCAGAGGUACAGUGGCUUGCGAAAGUAUUCACCCCCCUUGGCAUUUUUCCUAUUUUGUUCCCUUACAACCUGGAAUUAAAAUUGAUUUUUGGGGGGGUUUGUAUCAUUUGACUUACACAACAUGCCUACCACUUUGAAGAUGCAAAACAAGAAAUAAGACAAAAAAACUGAACUUGAGCGUGCAUAACUAUUCACCCCUCCAAAGUCAACACUUUGUAGAGCCACCUUUUGCAGCAAUUACAGCUGCAAGUCUCUUGGGGUACAGUGAGGGAAAAAAGUAUUUGAUCCCCUGCUGAUUUUGUACGUUUGCCCACUGACAAAGACAUGAUCAGUCUAUAAUUUUAAUGGUAGGUUUAUUUGAACAGUGAGAGACAGAAUAACCACAAAAAAAUCCAGAAAAACGCAUGUCAAAAAUGUUAUAAAUUGAUUUGCAUUUUAAUGAGGGAAAUAAGUAUUUGACCCCUCUGCAAAACAUGACUUAGUACUUGGUGGCAAAACCCUUGUUGGCAAUCACAGAGGUCAGACGUUUCUUGUAGUUGGCCACCAGGUUUGCACACAUCUCAGGAGGGAUUUUGUCCCACUCCUCUUUGCAGAUCUUCUCCAAGUCAUUAAGGUUUCAAGGCUGACGUUUGGCAACUCGAACCUUCAGCUCCCUCCACAGAUUUUAUAUGGGAUUAAGGUCUGGAGACUGGCUAGGCCACUCCAGGACCUUAAUGUGCUUCUUCUUGAGCCACUCCUUUGUUGCCUUGGCCGUGUGUUUUGGGUCAUUGUCAUUCUGGAAUACCCAUCCACGACCCAUUUUCAAUGCCCUGGCUGAGGGAAGGAGGUUCUCACCCAAGAAUUGACGGUACAUGGACCCGUCCAUCGUCCCUUUGAUGCGGUGAAGUUGUCCUGUCCCCUUAGCAGAAAAACACCCCCAAAGCAUAAUGUUUCCACCUCCAUGUUUGACGGUGGGGAUGGUGUUCUUGGGGUCAUAGGCAGCAUUCCUCCUCCUCCAAACACGGCGAGUUGAGUUGAUGCCGAAGAGCUCGAUUUUGGUCUCAUCUGACCACAACACUUUCACCCAGUUCUCCUCUGAAUCAUUCAGAUGUUCAUUGGCAAACUUCAGAUGGCCCUGUAUAUGGGCUUUCUUGAGCAGGGGGACCUUGCGGGCGCUGCAGGAUUUCAGUCCUUCACGGCGUAGUGUGUUACCAAUUGUUUUCUUGGUGACUCUGGUCCCAGCUGCCUUGAGGUCAUUGACAAGAUCCUCCCGUGUAGUUCUGGGCUGAUUCUUCACCGUUCUCAUGAUCAUUGCAACUCCACGAGGUGAGAUCUUGCAUGGAGCCCCAGGCCGAGGGAGAUUGACAGUUAUUUUGUGUUUCUUCCAUUUGCGAAUAAUCGCACCAACUGUUGUCACCUUCUCACCAAGCUGCUUGGCGAUGGUCUUGUAGCCCAUUCCAGCCUUGUGGCAGCCGGGGGCGGCAGGUAGCUUAGUGGGUAAGAGCGUUGUGCCAGUAACCGAAAGGUCGCUGGUUCUAAUCCCCGAACCGACUAGGUGAAAAAUCUGUUGAUGUGCCCUUAAGCAAGGCACUUAACCCUAAUUGCUCCUGUAAGUCGCUCUGGAUAAGAGCGUCUGCUAAAUAAAUAAUAAUAAUAAUAAUAAUAAUUGUGUAGGUCUACAAUCUUGUCCCUGACAUCCUUGGAGAGCUAUUUGGUCUUGGCCAUGGUGGAGAGUUUGGAAUCUGAUUGAUUGAUUGCUUCUGUGGACAGGUGUCUUUUAUAUAGGUAACAAGCUGAGAUUAGUAGCACUCCCUUUAAGAGUGUGCUCUUAAUCUCAGCUCGUUACCUGUAUAAAAGACAUCUGGGAGCCAGAAAUCUUUCUGAUUGAGAGGGGGUCAAAUACUUAUUUCCCUCAUUAAAAUGCAAAUCAAUUUAUAACAUUUUUGACAUGCGUUUUUCUGGAUUUUUUUGUUGUUAUUCUGUCUCUCACUGUUCAAAUAAACCUACCAUUAAAAUUAUAGACUGAUCAUUUCUUUGUCAGUGGGCAAACGUACAAAAUCAGCAGGGGUUCAAAUACUUUUUUCCCUCACUGUAUGUCUCUAUAAGCUUGGCACAUCUAGCCACUGGGAUUUUUGCCCAUUCUUCAAGGCAAAACUGCUCCAGCUCCUUCAAGUUGGAUGGGUUCCGCUGGUGUACAGCAAUCUUUAAAUCAUACCACAGAUUCUCAAUUGGAUUGAGGUCUGGGCUUUGACUUGGCCAUUCCAAGACAUUUAAAUAUUUCCCCUUAAACCACUCGAGUGUUGCUUUAGCAGUAUGCUUAGGGUCAUUGUCCUGCUGGAAGAUGAACCUCCGUCCCAGUCUCAAAUCUCUGGAAGACUGAAACAGGUUUCCCUCAAGAAUUUUCCUGUAUUUAGCGCCAUCCAUCAUUCCUUCAAUUCUGACCAGUUUCCCAGUCCCUGCAGAUGAAAAACAUCCCCACAACAUGAUGCUGCCACCACCAUGCUUCACUGUGGGGAUGGUGUUCUCGGGGUGAUGAGAGGUGUUAGGUUUGCGCCAGACAUAGCGUUUUCCGUGAUGGCCAAAAAGCUCAAUUUUAGUCUCAUCUGACCAGAGUACCUUAUUCCAUAUGUUUGGGGAGUCUCCCACAUGCCUUUUGGCAAACACCAAACGUGUUUGCUUAUUUUUUUCUUUAAGCAAUGGCUUUUUUCUGGCCACUCUUCCGUAAAGCCCAGCUCUGUGGAGUGUACGGUUUAAAGUGGUCCUAUGGACAGAUACUCCAAUCUCCGCUGUGGAGCUUUGCAGCUCCUUCAGGGUUAUCUUUGGUCUCUUUGCUGCCUCUCUGAUUAAUGCCCUCCUUGCCUGGUCCGUGAGUUUUGGUGGGUGGCCCUCUCUUGGCAGGUUUGUUGUGGUGCCUAUUCUUUCCAUUUUUUAAAUAAUGGAUUUAAUGGUGCUCCGUGGGAUGUUCAAAGUUUCUGAUAUUUUUUUAUAACCCAACCCUGAUCUGUACUUCUCCACAACUUUGACCCUGACCUGUUUGGAGAGCUCCUUGGUCUUCAUGGUGCCACUUGCUUGGUGGUGCCCCUUACUUAGUGGUGUUGCAGACUUUAUUUAACUAAUUAUGUGACUUCUGAAGGUAAUUGGUUGCACCAGAUCUUAUUUAGGGGUUUCAUAGCAAAGGGGGUGAAUACAAAUGCACGCACCACUUUUCUGUUAUUUAUGUUUUAGAAUUUUUGGAAAUAAGUUAUUUUUUUCACCAAUUUGGACUAUUUUGUGUAUGUCCAUUACAUGAAAUCCAAAUAAAAAUCAAUUUAAAUUACAGGUUGUAAUGCAACAAAAUAGGAAAAACGCCAAGGGGGAUUAAUACUUUUGCAAGGCACUGUAACUCUGGGUCUUCCAUUCCUGUGGCGGAUCUCAUGAGAGCCAGUUUCAUGAUAGCGCUUGAUGGUUUUUGCGACUGCACUUGAAGAAACAUUCAAAGUUAUUGACAUUUUCCGUAUUGACUGACCUUCAUGUCUUAAAGUAAUGAUGGACUGUCGUUUCUCUUUGCUUAUUUGACCUGUUCUUGCCAUAAUAUGGACUUGGUCUUUUACCAAAUAGGGCUAUCUUCUGUAUACCUUGUCACAACACAACUGAUUGGCUCAAACGCUUUAAGAAGGAAAGAAAUUCCACAAAUUUAACUUUUAAGAAGGCACACCUGUUAAUUGAAAUGCAUUCCAGGUGACUACCUCAUGAAGCUGGUUGAGAGAAUGACAAGUGUGCAAAGCUGUCAUCAAGGCAAAGGGUGGCUAUUUGAAGAAUCUCAAAUAUAAAAUAUAUUUUGUUUUAACACUUUUUUCAUUAACACAUGAUUCCAUAUGUGUUAUUUCAUAGUUUUGAUGUCUUCACUAUUAUUCUACAAAGUAAACAAUUGUAAAAAUAAAGAAAAACCCUUGAGUGAGUAAGUGUGUCCAAACUUUUGACUGGUAGUGUAAUUGUAUACCAGUUACAGUAUAUGUAUAGAUGGACUUCAAAUACUUUUACAUAAGAAUAAUUGUGAAUUCAUUAUAAUAAUAAUUUAAAUCAGGAGAAUUCUAUCAACCACAAAGCUGUGCUUAUUUAGGUGACCAUUUUGGUAUGUGGGGUAAUAUGGGGCUGAAUAUUAUAUACACUGAGCAGCAUAUUUCCAUAUCUCACAACCAUCUCGACAUUUCAGGAAGUGACUCCACCCCUCCACCUGCUAACAAGAUGUCACCGUUAUCCAACAAGUUUGAGGGCAUUCCACAGCAGCAAAGGUACAUAGAUAUCCAUUUUGGAUGCAGGCAUUUAGAACAUUUCAAAAAUAUGGAUCUUAGGCUUGUGUGCAGCUGCUCGGUCAUGGAAACCCAUUUCAUGAAACUCCCGACGAACAGUUAUUGUGCUGACGUUGCUUCCAGAGGCAGUUUGGAACUCUAUUGUUUAAGUAUGAUAGAGUUCUGAUCUUAUUAGAAUUUUUCAUUAACUUCAUAUAACCAUCUGUUUUCAGCACUACUUCUAGCAACACAAAGUCUACACUUGGUCCAAGGGUUCUACCCAAACUACCUCAGAAAGGUAUGUUGAAAUGGGAUUAGCAAUGCCUAUAACUGUAGGUGAGACCACCUUAUUUCCGGCAUAUUUCUGGCAUACUGCCCAGUAUUAGAGUCAGCAAGUGUUUAAUAUAGUACCUGUGUCCUGGUUCUUUUCUUAGUGGCACUGCGUAAGAUCGACACCAUACACCCGUCUAUGGACAAACCCGGUCUGCCUCCGGAGGUGCUCCAGAAAUCCCCUCCAGGACCUGAAUGCCUAACAAAAGCCAUCCUACCCGACAAGCUCCAACUAGGGGACCUUCCCCCCAAACCCCAGCCCUCUGAGCUGCCCCCUAAACCUGGAGAACUGCCACCCAAGCCCCAGCUCUCCGACCUCCCCCCCAAACCGCAGCUAGGGGACCUACCUCCCAAACCCCUGCUCAAAGACCUACCCCCCAAACCUCAGCUCUCCCAAGACGGCCAUCCAAAACCGGGGGCAGCAGAUCUGCUCAGUACGAGACCACCCCCUGGAGAGCCUGCGCCGAAGCCCCAGCCCCCGGAGUCACCGGCGGCCAAUCAGCAGGCAGAGACUGAGAGCCCAUCCCCCCAGGGUAGCGAGGACACCAAUGGGAGCCCGGCCUGUGCUCCAGACACACCAGUGCCCUUGCCCAGGAAGAACACGGUAAAGUUCAAUUAAGGACACACCGCAGAAAUCAUAGAGCUUUAAUGGUAUCAUUGAGUAAUAUCUGGGUCCCACUGGUGGGUUGGGGCCAGUUCAUCUUGGGUUGCAGUCACAGACAGGGUUGUGGUGGCAUUGUUAAUAGGUGGGUCACAACACAGAAACUUUUGGCAACCAGACCAUUCCACAUACUAUUUACUUGUCUCUGGUGACAUUUCUGGUAAUGUUCAUAUGUGUGUUUAGGGGAAGACCAAAUCUCGGCGGGUGAAGACCAUCUAUGACUGCCAAGCCGACAAUGAUGACGAGCUGACGUUUGUGGAGGGAGAGGUGAUCAUAGUGACGGGAGAGGAGGACGGGGAGUGGUGGGUAAGUAAUUGCCCCCUAACAGGCUCACUGGUGUUACCCUAACACUGUUAGAUUAGAUUAGAAGUUUAAUAGUCACAUGUACAGGGUUGCAGGGUACAGUGAAAAUCUUAUACUCCGAGCUCCAACAAUGCCAGUCAAAGUGAAAUAUAAACAAUCAAUGUAAUAAUAAAGAAUAUUUAAAAAAAUAUAUAUAUACAUAUAUAUACACUGUAACAAUGGUAAAUGUCCAUUGGUGUAGGGGCAGGAUGUGGACACGGGGAGCAGGGGUGGAGGGGGGCAGGAGGGUGGGGGCAGGUAGUUGACUAGUGGUGGCUAUUCAGCAGUCUGAUGGUCUGGGGGAAGAAGCCCUUGGCUAGUCUUCCUGUUCUGCCCGCAUCUUAGUGAUCGAAGCAGGGAGAACAGGCCAUGGCUCGGGUGGCUGGGGUCCCUGAUUAUCUUCUUGGCCUUCCUGCGACACCUGGUGUUGUAGGUGUCCUGGAGGGAAGCCAGUGUGCACCCAGUGGUGCGUUCGGCUGAGCGUUCAGCCUUACUGUUACCCUAACCCUGCUUCACCUUAGCAGGCUCACUGGUUUUACCAAUGAUGUAUAUAAACCCUGGAUUGCUGAUGCUAUGUGUUGGCCAAUGAGAGGCUUUGAAGCCACCGGUCGGCCAUAUAGAGCUCACCAGCUUGUAGUCCUUAAAACCGGAAAUGAGUUACCUCUGGUUCAUUCAGCCAUUCCUAUGGGGAAAAUGAAUGGGGAAAGAAAAGGGUUUUGGGGUAAAUGCUGAAAAUAAGGUCUGAGGUUAACACAGGUUUAGGAAAUCUUAUACGUUUUGUUCUAUGAGAUAAUAUCUGUUAGUUCCCUUUCAGUCAGCCAACUUCGGUACAACAUACUAUGGGGAGUUGCACUCUUGCGACUUCGGUUGAAGGAUCUAUAAUCACGCCCUGACAAGGCCAAUGAAAUCCGCGCCUCGCUGGAAGCCCCACCUUGCAUAGUUGAUAAGCAUGAGGCUCUGAUUCAUUCCUUCACUUAUAGCGUGCUCACCCCCUUGACGUUGUAGCUGAAGGUUGUACUUGUUCUCAUACGUUUUCUAAUCACAAACAAUUAGUUCUUCAAUUUGCUGGUGCAAUGAGUAAGAUGGCUAAGAAAACGGCCGAGACGACGAUGGCUAAGCCGGAUUCGGGGGUCGAGAUAAUGCCCCCAGUCAUGCGGUUAUAGCAAUUCUCUGAAGCUAGGAAUUACUGAUGGCGACUUUCCUUUCCCGGAUGCCGGUACCUUGGCUGGGACUGAGGUGCAGGAAGCGGAGAUGGAUUGGGUGGUCAGAGCAAAUGUCUUGUCUGCAUGGGCACGGGGUAUGCGGUGGCCGCCUGCGCCCAACCCGGGUCCUGUGCGCUCUGUUGCCAGUUACGGGAGGGCCAGGUUCGGUGGGUACCCCCCACCACCUGUGUCUGCCUUGGUUAAGCACUGCUUGCCUCUCUUCCCAGACUUGUUUAUGAAGGGUCUGGUGAUCCGGUCCCAUGUCGAAUUUCGAGACGGGGCUAGCUAAAUGAGCGCUGCGUAGCGCGCUAGCCAGAUGGCUAACUCGCCGAGGUGAGCUAGCUAUUACUAGCUAUUCCUGCCUCCCCACGGUGGAGUUGCUGGGGUAGCUCUCUUGUUUAGUAUACAUAGCGUUAAGUCGCUUGGUUAUUCUAAACGGACCAUGCUGCAGUCAAAGAGGCUAGCUAGCCUAGCUUAUGCUAAAAAGCCUCCUGGCUAAUGUCGGCUAGCAGGCUUAACUUCCAGCGAGUGAAACUGAAAUGCUUUCCCCUGACAUCAUGGCAAACCCUUUCCUAUUUUCAGUUCCUGGAGUUGGAGGGAGUGAAGGAAACAGGGUUUGUGUGCACCUCCAAUGAAGCAGCCCCCCGAGCACUUGGCUGGGGUAACCCCCGAAGCAAGGGGCCUUGGCACAGGUCUGAGUGAACAGUGUGCCCCUCCACAAAAACAUUACUGUGACAACAGUGACCCAAUGUUUGGCAAACAGGGUACCACGUCAGCCAUUGCCAGAGCCCCCUGUGCCCAUAAAGGGGCCGGGAUUCAUGCAGGCUAUACAGUCUCAUGGAAGCACAAGUUUCUGGGUCUCGAGCUAGACUCACUCAUGUAUCAUGCUUUUGUAUCCCCACGGAGGGUGUCCGGAUUCCGGCUCUGCUUAGCCAAAUUUCAGCUGGGUCACACAGUGUGUUUUUGCCAGUGCCUAUGGCUACUGGGGCUGAUGGCGUUUGUGAUUGAAGUCGUUCCCGUGGGGCUAUUGUUGAUACGGCCCUUCCAAUGCUGAGUGCUAGCCACUCACCUGGACGCAUCUCGAAGCCUAAGCCGGUCGCUUCGGGUGUCCUUGUCAGGCUAUUGCCAGGGGGCUCCCAUGGGCUGAGUUGUAUCCCACAAGGUGAUCACAACAGACGCAUCCCCCUGAGGGUGGGGUGCGCUGUACGAAGGCAACUUGAUUCGGGGGGUAUGGACACUGGUGCGGAGUGCACUGCAUGUCAAUUACCUCAGGUGCUUCCCCCUGUUUUUGUCAUGCCCGGCUUGUCAGUGGUGGCAUGCAUCAACAGAUGAAGAGAGACUCUUCUCUCGCUCCCUCUUAACCUUGGCUCGCUAUCUAUUGCUGGGGAGCAGUGUGCACAUGCUUACGCUUUGGGCGAUGCAUGUCCCCAGUUGCCUCAACUCUGGUGCAGAUCUUUUAUCCAGAUGGGACUCUCUCAGGAGUGGAGGCUCUCCCAGGUAUGGGACAUUUUCGGCAGGGCCAACAUAGGUCUUUACACAUCACGAUAGAAUAUGCAGCGUCUUCUAUUUUCAUCGAUGAGGGACCCGAGUACCCCAUUGGGAACGGACGCUCUGGCGCACCAGUGGCCUCGAACCCUCCUUUACGAGUUUCCGCCAGUGGUUCUGAUUCAGCCCACGUUGUAGUGGGUGCCCGGGAGGGUUUAACAUUGAUUCUUGUAGCUCCCUGUUGGCCCAGGCAGCCUUGGUUCCGGAGAGCAUUAGCCUUUUAGGCGGGACCCAUGGAAACGUUCGUUGCGCAGGGACCUGUUGUCCCAGGCACACGGGCAGGUUUGGCAAGCGAGGCCAGAGAUUUGGUUCCUAUGGGCCUGGCCCCUAAGAGGGUCAAUCUGAUGGCUAGAGGUUUACCUCUGAAUGUUUUUACUACCGUUCAGUCUGCAAGGGCAUAUAAGUGGCAAGCGUUUGAGCUCUGGUGCCAAGAUAAAGAACUUGUUCCUUUUCAUUGCUCUGUGAGGGACAUCACAUUUAUUCAUAAAGCCCUUUUUCCAUCAGCAGAUGUCACAAAGUGCUUAUACAGAAACCCAGCCUAAAACCCCAAACAGCAAGCAAUGCAGAUGUAAACUCCCUAGAAAAGGCAGGAACCUAGGAAGAAACCUAGAGAGGAACCAGGCUCUGAGGGAUGGCCAGUCCUCUUCUGGCUGUGCCGGGUGGAGAUUAUUACAUCCUUAUGUUCCUACAGGAGCUUUUCAAGCAUUCUCCACUUUAAAAGGGUGCAUGUGGGAAUUGACGGAACCUCACCGGGGGCUCAACCCCUGGUGGUGCGGUUCCUGAAAGGUGUACUUCGUCUCAGACCGGUCUCUAAACCUAUUGCGCCCACAUGGGACUUGGGGCUGGUUUUGGAAGCACUGUGUGCGGCCCCCUUUGAGCCUCUGGAGUCGAUUGGUCUCCUGCUCAUGGCUUUGGACUUGGCUAAAUAUGUUGGGGACCUCCAAGCUUUAUCCGUACACCCUUUCUGUACCCGGGCAACUCUAAGAUGACGUUGCGUCCAUAUGUGGCCUUCGCCACGAAAGUCAUGGCUAUGUCCUACAGAUCCUUCUGAAUAUACAGUACCAGUCAAGAGUGUAGACACAGCUACUCAUUCAAGGGUUCUUCUUUAUUUGUACUAUUUUCUACAUUGUAGAAUAAUAGUGAAGACAUCAAAACUAUGAAAUAACACCCUUUGCCUUGAUGACAGCUUUGCACACUCUUGGCAUUCUCUCAACCAGCUUCACCUGGAAUGCUUUUCCAACAGUCUUGAAGGAGUUCCCACAGAUGCUGAGCACUUGUUGGCUGCUUUUCCUUCACUCUGCCAUCCGACUCAUCCCAAACCAUCUCAAUUGGGUUGAGGUCCGGGGAUUGUGGAGGCCAGGUCAUCUGAUGCAGCACUCCAUCACUCUCCUUCUUGGUAAAAUAGCCCUUACACAGCCAGUAGGUGUGUUGGGUCAUUGUCCUGUUGAAAAACAAAUGAUAGUCCCACUAAGCCCAAACCAGAUGGGAUGGCAUAUCGCUGCAGAAUGCUGUGGUAGCCAUGCUGAUUAAGUGUGCCUUGAAUUCUAAAUAAAUCACAGAAAGUGUCACCAGCAAAGCACCAUCAAACCUCCUCCUCCAUGCUUUACGGUGGGAACUACACAUGCAGAGAUCAUCCGUUCACCCACACCUCGUCUCACAAAGACACAUUGGUUGGAACCAAUAAUCUCCAAUUUGGACUCCAGACCAAAGGACAAAUUUCCACCGGUCUAAUGUCCAUUGCUCGUGUUUCUUGGCCUAAGCAGGGCUCUUCUUCUUAUUGGUGUCCUUUAGUAGUGGUUUCUUUGCAGCAAUUCGACCAUGAAGGCCUGAUUCACACAGUCCCCUCUGAACAGUUGAUGUUAAGAUGUGUCUGUGACUUGAACUCGGUGAAGCAUUUAUUAUUUGGGCUGCAAUUUCUGAGGCUGGUAACUCUAAUGAACUUAUCCUCUGCAGCAGUGGUAACUCUGGGUCUUCCAUUCCUGUGGCGGUCCUCUUGAGAGCCAGUUUCAUCAUAGCGCUUGAUGGUUUUUGCGACUGCACUUGAAGAAACUUUCCUAAGUUCUUGAAAUGUUCCGUAUUGACUGACCUUCAUGUUUUAAAGUAAUGAUGGACUGUCGUUUCUCUUUGCUUAUUUGAGCGUUUCUUGACAUAAUACGGACUUGGUCUUUUACCAAAUAGGGCUAUCUUCUGUAUACCCCCCUACCUUGUCACAACACAACUAAUUGGCUCAAAUGCAUUAAGAAGGAAAGACAUUCCACAAAUUAACUUUUAAGAAGGCACCCCUAUUAAUUGAAAUGCAUUCCAGGUGACUACCUCAUGAAGCUGGUUGAGAGAAUGCCAAGAGUGUGCAAAGCUGUCAUCAAGGAAAGGGUGGCUAUUUGAAGAAUCUCAACUAUAAAAUAUAUUUUGAUUUGUUUAACACUUUUUUGGUUACUACAUGAUUCCAUGUGUUAUUUCAUAGUUUUGAUUAUUCUACAAUGUAAAAAAUUGUAAAAAAUAAAGAAAAACCCUUGAAUGAGUAGGUGUGUCCAAACUUUUGACUGGUAGUGUAUAUAUAUAUAAGGUGCCUUUGGAAGGUAUUCAGACCCCUUGACUUUUUCCACAUUUUGUUACGUUACAGCCUUAUUCUAAAAUGGAUUAAAUAUGUUAUUCCUCAGCAAUCUACACACAAUACCCCAUAAUGACAAAGCGAACACAGUUUAUUCGAUUUUUUUUGCAAAUGUUUUACAAAUAAAAAACGGAUACCUUAUUUACAUAAGUAUUCAGACCCUUUGCUAUGAGACUCGAAAUUGAGCUCAGGUGCAACCUGCUUCCAUUGAUCAUCCUUGAGAUGUUUCUACAACUUCAUUGGAGUCCACCUGUGUUACAUUCAAUUGAUUGGACAUGAUUUGAAAAGGCACACACCUGUCUAUAUAAGGUCCCACAGUGGACAGUGCAUGUCAGAGCAAAAACCCACUCAUGAGGUCGAAGGAAUUGUCCGUAGAGCUCCAAGACAGGAUUGUGUUGAGGCACAGAGCUGGGGAAGGGUACCAAAACAUUUCUGCACUAUUGAAGGUCCCUAAGAACACAGUGGCCUCCAUCAUCCUUAAAUGGAAGAAGUUUGGAACCACCAAGACUCUUCCUAGAGCUGGCCGCCCAGCCAAACUGAGCAAUCAGGGGAGAAGGGCCUUGGUCAGGGAGGUGACCAAGAACCCGAUGGUCACUCUGACAGAGGUCUAGAGUUCUUCUGUGGAGAUGGGAGAACCUUCCAGAAGGACAACCAUCUCUGCAACACCACCAAUCAGGCCUUUAUGGUAGAGUGGCCAGACGGAAGCCACUCCUCAGUAAAAGGCACAUGACAGUCUGCUUGGAGUUUUCCAAAAGGCACCUAAAGUCUCUCAGACCAUGAGAAACAAGAUUCUCUGGUCUGAUGAAACCAAGAUUGAACUCUUUGGCCUGAAUGCCAAGCGUCACAUCUGGAGGAAAUCUGGCACCAUCCCUACGGUGAAGCAUGGUGGUGGCAGCAUCAUGCUGUGGGGAUGUUUUUCAGCAGCAGGGACUAGGAGACUAGUCAGGAUCAGCCAAGACAACGCAGAAGUUGCUUCGCGACAAGUCUCUGAAUGUCCUUGAGUGGCUCAGCCAGAGCCCGGACUUGAACCCGAUCGAACAUCUCUGGAGAGACCUGAAAUUAGCAGUGCAGCAAUGCUCCCCAUCCAACCUGACAGAGCUUGAGAGGAGCUGCAGAGAGGAAUGAGAGAAACUCUCCAUAUACAGGUGUGCCAAGCUUGUAGCGUUAUACCCAAGAAGACUCGAGGCUGUAAUCACUGCCAAAGGUACUUCGACAAAGUACUGAGUAAAGGGUCUGAAUACUUAUGUAAAUGUAAUAUUUCUGUUUUUUUUUAAAUAUAUAGAUUUGCAAAAAAAUCUAAAAACCUGUUUUUGCUUUGUUAUCAUGGGGUAUUGUGUGUAAAUUGUUGAGGGGGGGGAAUGGUUUAAUCAAUUUUAGUAUAAGGUUGUAACGUAGCGUAACAAAAUGUGGAAAAAGUCAAGGGGUCUGAAUACAAUGUGUUUGCUUAUUUUUUUCUUUAAGCAAUGGCUUUUUUCUGGCCACUCUUCCAUAAAGCCCAGCUCUGUGGAGUGUACGGCUUAAAGUGGUCCUAUUGACAGAUACUUAUCUUUGGUCUCUUUAUUGCCUCUCUGAUUAAUGCCCUCCUUGCCUGGACCAUGAGUUUUGGUGGGCGGCCCUCUCUUGGCAGGUUUGUUGUGGUGCCAUAUUCUUUCCAUUUUUUAAUAAUGGAUUUAAUGGUGCUCCGUGGGAUGUUCAAAGUUUCAGAUAUUUUUUUAUAACCCAACUCUGAUCUGUACUUCUCCACAACUUUGUCCCUGACCUGUUUGGAGAGCUCCUUGGUCUUCAUGGUGCCGCUUGCUUGGUGGUGCCCCUUGCUUAGUGGUGUUGCAGACUCUGGGGCCUUUCAGAACAGGUGUAUAUAUACUGAGAUCAUGUGACAGAUCAUGUGACACUUAGAUUGCACACAGGUGGACUUUAUUUAACUAAUUAUGUGACUUCUGAAGGUAAUUGGUUGCACCAGAUCUUAUUUAGGGGCAUCAUAGCACGCACCACUUUUUUUUAUUUUUUGAAACAAGUUAUUUUUUUUCAUUUUACUUCACCAAUUUGGACUAUUUUGUGUAUGUCCAUUGCAUGAAAUCCAAAUAAAAAUCAAUUUAAAUUACAGGUUGUAAUGCAACAAAAUAGGCCAAGGGGGAUGAAUACUUUUGCAAGGCACUGUAUAUGUGUGUGUGUAUAUACAGUACCAGUCAAAAGUUAGGACACACCUACUCAUUCCAGGGUUUUUUCUUAAUUUUUACUAUUUUCUACAUUGUAGAAUAAUAGUAAAGACAUCAAUACUAUGAAAUAACACAUAUGGAAUCAUGUAGUAACCAAAAAAGUGUUAAACAAAUCUAAAUAUAUUUUAUAUUUGAGAUUCUUCAAAUAGCCACCCUUUGCCUUGAUGACAGCUUUGCACACUCUUGGCAUUCUCUCAACCAGCUUCACCUGGACUGCUUUUCCAACAGUCUUGAAGGAGUUCUCACAUAUGCUGAGCACUUGUUGGCUGCCUUCCUUCAUUCUCUCUCUCUCUGUUUCCUUUCAGAUCGGCCACAUUGAAGGGCACCUGGAGAGGAAAGGAGUGUUCCCAAUGUCCUUUGUCCACAUCCUGAGUGACUGACAGCCAGACGAGGCUUGCACUAACCCCCCGCCCUCACCCUUAGAAGUACCCCUGUACUGUAAAUAGCUACUGUAACAACCUGACGUGAAACCAGUGUUCUAAAGAAAAAAACGCAAUGUAGAAGCCCAAGUAGGCUCCACUAGCCACUGGAUGCUGAGCACAUCCAUGUUGUAAAUAAAAAUGUGUGUAUUUUUCCUCUUUCCAGUAUUAUCUUAACCUUAGAGCACGGCCUAUGGCUGCCGUAGCCACGCUUACCCUAAAGUGUGUUUAUGCUGUUACUGUGUAUAUAUGUAUGUAAAUAUAUUUGUGUGUGUGUGUAUAUACAUGUUUUAUUGUACAAACAUGUAGAAGCAUACGUGUUCUCUGCCUGCCAGAUAACCAAGUAUCAGGGCAGCUGUGUUUGAAUUUUAUCUGUAAUCAUUUUACUGGUCAUCAUUGCUUGCAUUUCUGGAGAAGGCCAAAUAUGAAGGAAUGGGAAAGAGCUCAUGUCACUAGACUAUCCCCGUUUCCUCAUCCUACACCACGUUAGACUGGAGGCACAAUCCCAUACUGGAGAUUGUCUCCCACUGAAACCUACCAUGAUAACUUAUGAUUAAAUAUGUAUUCCUUGUUCUUGCUCACUUUGUGUACAUGUAUUCUGAUUGUUUUACAGUAUUGACACCUGCUGCUACUGUAUGGUGGGAUAUCAGAAACCCCACAGGUCACCAGUAGUAGACUCCUUAACACUGUCACUCUGUCAAGUCAUCUUCACUAUG